AUACGCUGUUACAAAAGACGUUUAAACCUGCGUUACCACUUUAAAGACCAACUCUUCCCUCUCUUUUUUUUUAUGUUUCGUUGUUUUUAUAUGGACAUCCUUCUAUAACAGACACUUCUACCUGUUUUUAUAGAAGUUGUCAGUUAUGUAGGAGGUGCUUCAGUAACCCUGUCUUACAGAACAUCCAGAGCUUCACUAAGGAUCAGCCUGCAGACAUCUUAUGAUUGGAAUUUAUCAUAUUAAUUAACAUUUCCCUUCUUAGAAGACACGUCUCCAAGUAGGUAUGUUGGCGUGUAUAUUUGUACCGUUUACUAUAAGUUAUUAUUAUAAAGCUGCAGUAUAGAGUCAUGUGGUUAAAGUAAGAGAACCCUUGGCAACAGGCAAUCCUUGAAAAGGCAGUCUGUAAUCAGAUAAACACUGAGAUCAAUGGAAUAUAUAUAUAAUACUUUUUAAAUUAUUAUUUAUUCUUUUUAUUUUAUUUUUUACGUAAAUUAUUCCUUUGUCCCAGGCUGCCACAGAUUUCUUUUAUCACAAUAUUAAAGCAAUUAACAAAACAAUUGUAAAUAAUCAUGCAUUGGAUUCAUGUAUCAUGUAUUUUUAGUGGUGUUCAAUCUAAACAAUAUAUCACCAAAUAUGUGACAUUUGUAGACAUUUGUUUGAUCUAUAUACAUGCAUGUAUGACAUUAGCAUAUGUUAUAUAUGUGUAUGUGUAUAUAUAUGUAUGUGUGUGUAUAUAUAUAUAUAUAUAUAUAUAUUCAUUUAUUUAUUCAUUUGUUAAUAUUUUUAAGCUAAUAGUUUUUGUGCAGCUUUAAGCUAGUUGUAAAACGAGUGCCAGUUUACGGUGUAAUGUCACAGAAUAUUGUACAGUAUAUAAAACAGAACAGUAGUAGUUACAUUACAAAAACUUCUGAUCUCUAUCCCUUCUAUCCCUGAAGAGGUAUAGAAUGUAUUUAUUACAUAACAACCUGCCCAAGGAGUCCAAUACUCAGUCAUUAUGAUGAUAUAGAAAUAUAUUUUUUUAUAGUUAGUUUUUUUUUUAAGUUUACUUGUAAUAAGGUUUAAAAAUAAAUUAAUAAUAAAAACUAUAUAUAUAUAGUUUUUAUUAUUAAUUUAUUUUUAAACCUUAUUACAAGUAAACUUAUAGAAAUAUAUUUUUUUAUAGUUAGUUUUUUUUUUAAGUUUACUUGUAAUAAGGUUUAAAAAUAAAUUAAUAAUAAAAACUAUAUAUAUAUAGUUUUUAUUAUUAAUUUAUUUUUAAACCUUAUUACAAGUAAACUUAAAAAAAACUAACUAUAAAAAAAAUAUUUCUAUAUCAUCAUAAUGAUGUGUGUGUGUGUGUGUGUGUGUGUGUGUGUGUGUGUGUGUAUAUGUAUAUAUAUAUAUAUAUAUAUAUAUAUAUAUAUAUAGUUUUUAUUAUUAAUUUAUUAUAUAUAGUCGAUUGGAUUCGCCAUAUUAGUUCAGAAUAUUGUACAGUAUAUAAAACAGAACAGUAGUAGUUACAUUACAAAAACUUCUGAUCUCUAUCCCUUCUAUCCCUGAAGAGGUAUAGAAUGUAUUUAUUACAUAACAACCUGCCCAAGGAGUCCAAUACUCAGUCAUUAUGAUGAUAUAGAAAUAUAUUUUUUUAUAGUUAGUUUUAUAGGACAUUCAAGGUGAAUUUAAAAUUUAGACCACUUCAGCUUAAUGAAGUGGUCUGGGUGCCAGGUCCAGCUAGGGUUAACCCAUUCUUUCAUAAACAUAGCAGUUUCAGAGAAACUGCUAUGUUUAUGAAUGGGUUAAGCCUUCCCCCUGUUUCCUCUAGUGGCUGUCUCAUUGUGCCACUAGAGGCGCUAUGUUUCUUCUCACUGUGAUUUUCACAGUGAGAGGCAAGCUCAUAAAAGCAUUGUAAAUGCUUUCCUAUAAACAGGCUGAAUGGGCGCGCAGCUCUUGCGGCGCAUUCAGCCCAGGAGGAGGAACGGAGGAGGAGAGGAGGCAGAGAGCUCCCCGCCCAGCGCUGGAAAAAGGUAAGUUUUUAACCCUUUCCCCCUUCCAGAGCCGGGUGGGAGGGGGUCCCUGAGGGUGUGGGCAAAUGUUUUCCUGGCACUAUAGUGGUCCUUUAAAAAUAUUUGACCUGGAAAAGCCCCCUAAGAUAGCUAUGCUUCCAGUUCAGCCAUUGUGGCUUUAAAUCUGGAGAAUUUUCAAAGUUUGGAUACUUUGGCAUUAAAUGUUUACUCCAACUUAAAACCAGUGUUUUCAUGAAACACUGGUUUUAGUUAGAGUAACCCUUUCUGAAAUUGUCUGGGCAAAAAGAAAAUAAAUGAAACACUAACAGGUUCAUUCACUAAAGUGAGAAUUCAAAGUAAAUUUGAAAUGUAAGUUAAAAAUAGCUGAGCUUCAAAAAUACUCUAACUCAACUAUGCUCUAAGUUUGGCUACCCUGAACUUAAAUUUGAAAUUCACAUUGAAUUCUUACUUUAGUAAAUAACUAUGUAAGUGUUUUAAUAAGAGAGCGCUGGUACAAUUCUGUGGCAACAUUUUCCAUUAAUACUUCAAAUGGUCUCGUUUUGCUUGAAUUAAUUAUCCCUUCUGUGUAUAAUGUAUGUAUAGAUGAAUGAUGUAUUAUGUGUUUUGUUCUGUAUAUUCAGUACAUUAGUGAUAUUCCUCUGUGUGUUUUGUAUCUAUGGUGUAUUUGUGUAUGCAGAAUUUGUGGAUUAGGGCUACAGGAUCCACAAUAGCGUCUGUGGUAUUGCCAGAUAUUACUAAAGCAUGAAUACGUUCAAUUUUCAUUUCAACACAUUUCAGCCAGUGGUUUUAUAGAUGGGUGUUUAAUAGCACAAUGUAUGAAAUUAUGGUGAAAAUGCGGAUGAAUGAAUGAAAAUCCUGCAGCUGGUCAUUUGUGAUAGGAUGUUGGUAAUAAAUAUGUGAGGGCUGCAGUCAGUUACAUGUAGAUGGUAGUCAACGCUUUUGUAGUACACAUUAUAACAUGCAAUUAAAAUAACAACAUUGUAUCUCUAGUGUGUAAUUAACAUUUGGUGAGUGAUAGAGAUAAUAUAGAGCUGGACAUCUUCAUAAGUGCCAUACUGCAUCCAUCACUGCUCAAAACUGAAUAUCUGCAUCAUACAUUAUAAAGUCAGAGGUAGAAUUUAUUGGGUCAACUAUCAUAUUGCUAGCACUGAACAUGACAUAUAUAUAUAUAUAUAUAUAUAUAUGUCAGUAUAAGUUGUGUGUGCCUGCACAAACAUCUUUCAGUAUACCUUCCAAGGGUUCUUAUUUAGAGUCCCAAUUUCCCUGCCCCUCUUUUCUAUCCUGAUCUCCCUCUUUUCUAGGAGCUCCAUAUUGUUGGUGUGUCUGAGUGUAUAACAGAGCUCCACAGCAAUAAUACUCACAGUAAUGUGCCUUUAAACUACAAUAAAUGUGUUUAAAUAAAGAUACAUUGUUCUUGUUAAAUUCACAUUACUUGCAUAAAUUGUUAUUCAUCAGUUACAUAAAAUUCAAAACAGCCCCGCCUUUGGUCACACACCCCACUCACACCCCUAAAAUUAAAGUGUGUCUAUUUGAAAUGUAGAGAAGGAUGUGUCUACAUACAGUAAUUGUAAUGCAAUCCUCAUAGUCUGUACUUGGUCCAAAGUCUUUGUGGCUCCUGUGAUGAAAGUUUACCCUCCAGCUUUAAAUGAGUGAACAGACAAAAGACAAAUUAGACUUAUAAAGGGUCAGUUAAAAUAACAUUGGCCGGUGCAUUUGUGUGCACAUAAAUGGUUAACCUAUAUGGACUCUUUGAAACAGGAACUGUAGAUUGGGACUUUUAAGGUUAAUCCUUGCUGGCAUCUAAAGGGUUAAAGAGAAUCACAAAGGGUGAAUGUAGUGGGUGAAAUGUUUUUCAUUUGAGAUAUUGCAUUUGGAGUGGAAGGAUUGGAGGAGUUAAUUCUGUGCAUGUCCUACUGUUUGAAUUGCAAUACCCUGUCUCAUGUUUCUAUGAUCAGGAAAUGUUGGCACAUGUGGCUUUUUUAACAUACACAAGUACCUUUCCCAGAGAAUUACAGUGGCAACAAUGUAAAGAAUGCCCACUGACUUUUUGAGGCAUGUCUCUUAAGCCUCUGGUGCAUAGAAUAUAUGUCUUUUUUAAGGUGGAUGGCUUAGAGGGUACCUUCUUCAUUACAGUGAUAACUUCUCUUUCUUAUAUUACCCUCCCCAGUAUACUCAAAGAAUUGACUUCCAACCAUCUUAACUAUUUGCUCAAAAUAGCAUAGGCAUCUUGGCAACGAAGAUGGGGGUACUCUCCCAGUGUGGCACUGCAGUUUCCCAUUACACAUAGUUUUACUUGUCUGCCCUUUUUGACACCAUUAACUGUAUAAAUAUUCUUACUGUUCAAUGACUGAGUUGUCAUCACCCAUUUCUAAGAGUUGUCUAUUCAUUGGCUAUGAGGUUGGCAGAGCGAUUUAUCACUCCAUCCAAUGGUCGUGGGGUUCCACUGAAGAAACCUUGUCCACCAGACAAGUAGUGCUGAUGUAACAGGUUGCUGCAGUAGCUCCUGGAGGGCAUGGGGAAGGGACAGAUGCAGUGGCAGGAUCAUGUUUGGAUCCAAAGUUGGAGUUAAAAUAUACAUACAAUAUAAAAUAAUGAAGCGUAACCACCUGCACAUCUAAUUAUGCACACACGAAAAAUGGAUCAUCUAUAUGUGCACCAUAUGAAUGAACAAUAUCACAUCUAAUUUUGUUUUUUUACAUUCGUCAUAUGCUAUAUAUGCAACAUAAAUAAAUAAGAGACCCCACAAUAACUGGAAUUCACACUGUCCAAUAAAUGGACAUCAUCCCAGAACAACCCAAUACUACCCCUUUCUCACUCUAAAUGCCAAAAAUGAAAAAUUCCCAAAUAAGGCAAGAUUUCUCUACUUUUGCACUCUGUCUAAUGCUUUAAGUUGGUGCCACUUUUUUCAAAGUUUAUUGAUUCAAAAGCUGUAUACAACAAAGUCAAAAAGCCUUUGAGGCAUUCAUUCUGAUCACCAUGUUCCCGGGUGUUUCCUUUCCUACUAUUCCACUCGCUCCCUUACACUCCACUACAUCAGACACUGUUCAUGCAUUGACGGGCGUGAUCAUCCGUUGCUAUCACCAUGCUCUUCCACUCGCUCAUAAACCCCAGCAUCUGAGGUCAGCUAUUAAAGUUAGUGGAACCAAGUCUCCUGGUAUUUCUGUGAAGUUGGUGCAAUUUUAACCACUUCAAAAGUGGUACAAUUUCUUACCACUCCAGAAUUGUUUUUGGAAACUUUUAAUUGAGAAGGAUAAAAAAAAAAAAAAUUCAGACAUCUUAUCAGAUGGAUUGAUUUGACACAUCCUACAUCAUUACCACCAACAUGGAUUAUCGAUAUGUCCAGCGAAGGCCAAACCAAUUGACAUUCUAGGACCAAGUCCAAAAUUUCAUGUAGCCUCAAGCCCCUGACUCCAAAAUUAAACAAUGUAAUUCAUCUAGAAGACAAGAUUCCAUCCAUUAGCCUUAGAUUUGGCUCUUCAUUGUCAAUCCUAUACAGAAUGAAUGACUUGUGAAUUUACAUUUUUGAAAACUCAAAUGGAGGCAAGUUUGCAAAAUUCACAAAAUAUUGAAAUCAUGUUCAUUGAGUAGACAAUACGUGAAUGAGUAAAGGCUCCUCAAGCUUUGGUAUGAUGGCCAUAUAUUCCAUAGUAAUCGCCACAGGGAAAACCUAAUUUCCAGGAGUGUUACAGGUUAAUUAAUUUUCCCUUUCCCAGCUGAUCUACCUUAGAUAAUCUCAAUAAAGUAAAUAAACUAUCCUUUUCCAAAACAAUAUCUUUUAUCCUAAGUCCCGGUAUGCAAUCUUUACCCAGUGAAACUACUCACUAACCCUCAAUGCUACAAACAUGCUAAAACACAUGCUUCUUUAAACAAAAGCAGACCAUCUGCAAUUGCUAAUUGGCAAAGUAACGUAAAAGUAAUUGAACUUCUGCAUUUUGGAGUGGCUACUAAAAGUAGCCACGUAGUAGAUGUCUAAUGAAAAAUGCUUAAACUACGACAGUUUUUCUCAGCAAUAUAAGAAAUUACAGCAAUCUUUCUAUCUAUUACUGACCUGCUUCAUCCCUUAUUCAACAAAUGCACUAUAAAGUAAAAUGUUAAUUCCAAAGCCCUAUGAAAUGGAUCCUGUAGAACUUCCUUGCAAAAAUGAUACCAUUCAUUCCAGGCAAUACAUUCCUUGUACCAUCUGCAUUGACCUGGAUGCUCGGAAAUUAAUUUCCACAGGUAGUCUGGCAGUUCCACCCUGUAAUGCUCUGCCUCUAGUACCAACGUCUGGAAACUAUGAAACUGGGAAUGAGAGAGCAUCUGCUAUCCUAUUAUCCACACUAGCAAUAUGCUGUGCUUUCAACCAGUUGUUUUACUUUUAAGCAAAGAAAAACAAGAUUCCACAACAAGUUAUUCACAAGGUUACAUUUGGAAUGCAUAGAGUUGAUGACUUCUACCACAGACAAAUUGUCACAAUGAAAUAAAAGUAUUUUGUUCUUAGUCAUCACCCAACCUAACCACAAUUGGAAACCACUCAAGGAGUUCCAAGUUAUUUGUUAAACCUUGAGAGAAAUUCAUAGUUCAGGACAUCUUUUGGCACCACACUUAUUCCAAAAGAUACCAAAGCCUACUUUACAAGCCACAUCUACAAAAGAACUUCAGAACCUCAUUUAAUUCAAUAUAUUCUUAUAAAACUGGAAUUCCAUUCUGUCUCAAAAACAUAUGCCAUACCUAUAAAUCUCUCUUAAUCUCUUUUGUCAUCCUGCAUGCCAGUGUAGCUACUUUUUUCUGCACAAGCAAGUACUAUUCUUCAAAAAUCAAGCUUCUGCUCCCACAGGAGCACUGAAGGUUCUGGAUAUGCUGGGCUCUGGAUUUUCAUUGCAUAAAGCAUUGGACACAGGGCCGGCACAACCGUAGGCAUUCGCCUAGAGCCGCCCCCCUCAGCACCAGGCAGAUCCUCCAGGCAUCCGAAAAUGGGGGCCCAGGAAGUGGCCUUGUCACAUGGGGCCCAGGUAGUGGCCAUACGGCCAUCUCAGGCCCACUCUCUCCCCCCCCCAAAAACUGUCCUUAAAUAGCUAUGGCAGAGUAGGCACCUGCUUACCCUGAUGGCAGGUGCCUGCUCUGCCAAUGAAUGCCGGAGCAGAAGAGUGUGUCUGUGUGUGUGUCUGUCAGUGAGUGUGUGUGUGUCUGUCAGUGUAUGUAUGUCAGUGAGUAUCUGCCUGUGUGUAUGUCUGUCAGUGAGUGAGUAUAUGUAUGUCAGUGAGUGUCUGUGUGUAUGUGUGUCUGUCAGUGAGUGAGUGCACGUGUGUCUGUGUGUGUCUGCCAGUGUGUGUCUGUCAGUGAGAGAGUGACAUGAGGGGGCGGCAAAAUGGAUCUUUGCCUAGGGUGGCAGAAAUCCUUGCACCGGCCCUGAUUGGACCCCUCUCUAUCUUCUCUGCCAUCUGUAAAAUAUCACAAACAGCGUACCACUCUUCUCCUCCUGGCGUCUUCACUCGAUCCAGCAGCUGGCUCAAAAGUUAAUCCAUCACGUUGCUCUAAUUUGGUGCCUUCUCUCUAUAUUGCACCUAUUUCCCUCCCCUACUUUUACCCUGUCAGGUAACAACUUGCCUGGCUACCUCACUGCUCACCUAACUAGAUACUUGCAAAACUGCCCAGAAAUGGCUAAUCUGCCCAGCUACCUGAUUUGUCACUAAUGUUUGCCAAUCAGCUGCAACUCCUGCACGUGAUGUCACAAGCUUAAGUGCCUGUGUCUUUUCAUUCUCAAUGAGCAUUUGUCUGACUAAUGAAAAUGUCUGACCACCAGUGGUUUUAUGACCACAGAUAGCCCAUCCUUGCCAUCAACGUUUCAUUGACCUUUUAGAUAUUUAAUCUGCUUGAGGUUCAUAAGGGAUACGUGAACAGAAAAUUGAGAGCUAAAGAAUGUGAAAACAGCAACUAGCCUUCUUACUGCGCUGGUCUACAAAAUGAAUGUUAAAACACUUCACAAUUCUAUGGUGAAUGUAUAUGAAAACUGAUAACCUAUCAUUUAGACCAAGAUUAGCUAGGGAAAGGCAAUGGAAAACGUCUUGCUUUAGAGCAGAAUACUAUACUAAUUGUGCAUGGAUUCAGAGCAUGUCUUCUACCUAGUUUCUUUUCUCGUAGUGUGAAACACAUAAUACGCAUUGUAUUUCCAUCUCAUUCACAUUGCUGCAUAUUUCAGAAAUGAAGAAUAGUAAUGGCACUUAUCCCAGCAGUAAGUGCUAAUUAUGCCACAUUUUCUACACUUUUUGUGUUUAUGGCUGAAAAUAUGUGGAAUUCACUUAAAACAUAUUCAUUAGCCCUUAUGCUAAAGCUAUUCUACAUGGUAGCAAUGAAUACAAAUUGCUGGAUCCUGCUGUUUAUAGGAUACAGUGAAAUGGUAGUGGCCAUUUUCUCUUUACAACAAAUAUUUCUCUAUAGCUUUUUAUUCUUUAUAUUUGGCUGGUGUAGCCCGGCAUGGGAGCUUCAUAUUUCCUUUCUUUUAUGUUUUUCUUCGAUCAUUCCUGUUUAAUAUCCCAUGUGUUCGUUUUAAAUCUAAUUAGCCCACUGCCCCCACAGAGCUUAUGCCUGCAUGUAUUAUAAUACUACUGCACCUUCAUGUUUGUUUACAUACUACAAAUAUGGUCGUUUGCCCUGAAUUCAUUUGCAUCUAUAAGGAUGAAGUAAGCAACAGGUCAAGCCUGUUAUCAAAACCCUUUCUUAUGGAUGAAACUGUUUCAAUAAACUUUAGAUAAAAUGUUUAAUGAUUAUUAUGCACAAAGCUAUCUUGGUCUGAUAUCUUUUUGCUUGCUAAAUUAAAUUUGCAAUGCUUAACAACACUGGGUACCUAUUUCUCAAAUAGAUGUUCUCCAUAAAAUGAAAUAGCUUUUUUUAUUAAUACAACAUAAAUUAUAGAUAUUCAUUUGUAUACAGUGGUAUUAUAUGCACUACUGCAUGACAGAUUGUAUAUCAGUGCACUCACUGUAUCCACACACUGUGACCAAUGGCAAUUGCUUGUUAUAGUAACAUUAUGCAAGGGCCGAAACAAUCAGUAAGUCACACUUCUGCCAAGGUUAAGAAGCUAAUGAAACUCUACGUAGUUUGUCUUAUUUCAGGGGAACUGGGGCAUGCUAAAUUAUGCCUCAUCAAAUUUAAUGUAGUCCUCUGAAGCUUUUCAAUUUAGGGGUGUAACAGCCUAAGGGAUGCAUUUCAUUAAUAGCACCAUAAAAAUUCAACAACUUUCUCACAUCGAUUAGAAAGUGCUGUUCGGCUGCGGCCAAGCUUGUUGAAACCCCUUGAUGUUGUAGGGAGUAAUUACAACAGGAGCUGAAUUUCGUUUUUAUUCCACACCUCCUUUUGGAGCAUAGCAUUACUCAGAUUGGAAUGAUGACAGUUAGAUCUAUUCACUUAAAGGCUUGGAACAUUUUAGUAAGCGCUACAGAAUCUGGAGGCGCUAUAUAAAUGACAAUAAUAAUAAUAAGUAACCAAAUUCUUAGGAGGAUUCUCUCUGAAUUGUAGUGAGUUGAAAUUCAAAAUGCAAAGUGUAGGCUUAAAUGCCUGAGCUAUGACUAUCACUGAAUUUUCCCUAAUACGCAAUCUUUGCCUAAAUGUUGAUAUUUUGAUUUUAAUUUGCUACAAAAUCAGACUAGUGAAAAACACAGAAAUUGUCCAAUUAAACUGGAUUGUAGAGUUACUAUUUAGCCCUAAAUCUUGCAAUACUCUGCCUUUUCAUUAUCCACUAUGUGUUAUUCUAACUUCAGUAUCUGUUAUUUGCAGUCUGUUUAUAAAUUAAAUACAAAUCCGCAUUUGUUUUUAAUUCUAGCCAUAUGACAGUACUUGCUUUUACUUAAUAAGACUGCAAUUAGUGCUAUUUACAAAUAGUUACUAAAAAAAAAAAAAAAAGGUACCAUCAUUAAAGUAAUUGUGCUGGGUGCUGUGGUCCUACCUUUAACCCUGCAAUGUAAAACAUUGCAGUUUUAUAUAAACUGCAAUCUUUCAUUUUGCAGGGUUAAAAACACCUCUGGUGACUGUCACUAGAGGUGUUUACUGCACUCACAUUAAACUCUGUCACAUGAUGUCGCAGCUCAGAGGAAGGCAUUGAAGUCCUGCUUUCUUGUGAGAAGAUUUGGUUACUUGACUUGAUGGGCUUAAGUCAGGCUAUAUUGCUAUGCAUUUAUGUAACUCUGUAUCAUCCCUUUCUUGCCAUUGGUAAUAGCUCUGCAAAACUGAGAAAUACUCUGAGCCAGUUAAUAGUUUGAGGAGAAGGAGCCAAGGCUUUUUAUGGAAUACCAAGAAGUAGAGUUCCUCAAUAUUUCACAUCAGUUUGGUUACAUUAUAUAUUAAAAUGAAAUAUGUGUAAAAAUAUCUACAUCAAUUAAAAGGGGCUACUUUCAGUUAAACAUUAGGGUUACACCUUAAAUAAUAAAAUAAGAAAAUGACAUAUUAAGACAAAUAAUCAAUUGUAGAACACACAACAGUAUUUAUGUAUUUUUCACAUUAUUCUUAAUAAAACAUUGCUACAUUAAAGUAUAAGGAGUCAAUAAAAUGAACAUGGAAUAUUUCGAUUUUUUUCCAUCUUUGGAUGUUUUUGUUUUUCAGUUCUUUUCCAGCUCUUGCUGACAUCAUCCAUUUUAUAGAUCACCAUUGGCACUAACGAAUAUUUAGGGCCCAGAACAUUUGGAAUUGUCACUUGACAAUGGAAAACACUCCUGGAUUGAGCAGGACUAAUGAGAACCCUGAUGUAACUCAACGAAAAUCUGGAUUUACAGAUUCAAAUUGGCUGCACAACUCUGGAUAUGACCAAUCAAUCAACUCAGAUCGUACUUGGUAUCCUGAGAUCACUAAUCUUGAAUACCAUUUAGGUGAUCUGCACGGAAUCUAUGAAAUACCUAGAGAAGAAAAUAAAGUAAAUUCCCUAACAUAUUAUAAAUAUAGAAUAGGAGGUUCCGUUGAAAGCAUAUUUUCUCAGACCUCUGGUCAGAAUAGUGAAUGGCCAAUGUUGAGGCCUAGCAAGUCUCAAAAUGCUCUUAGUUUUACACACCAGGGCUGUGCAGAUAAGUCUGAGUCCAAAUGUCCAGAUAUUGUUGAUGAUGUAGUGGGAGAUGAACUUAUCUUACCUUAUCAAAACCAGAACAUAACAGACUGUAGAUCUAAACAUUUAGCAACACAUCCUUCACUAUACUUCACACCAUUUCACACUACUUUAGCAGCUGAAAGGAAGUCAAAUCCCAAAUUCAUAGCAGAAAAUAUUUCCAAAGAUAAGGAGACACAAGACUGUGAAAGUCAAACAGUCCUCCAACCAGUACAAAGAGUAGGGCAGGGACCCAACGCAAUUGAAAAAGCAACAUCGUCUUCCUCAUUUACCAGGAUGAAAGAGAAAAGCCUCACAGUUUUGAAAUCAGCUUCUGCGCAGCCAAAGAAAAUACAUUUUAUGCAUUCUUCUGAAGAAUUGGAUUCAAGUAAUUUGCAGGUAACAUCACUCAUAUUUCAAGGUUCCGUUGCAGAUACAUGAACUUUUGCAGAACUGAUAUAGAAAAUAAUUUCAAGAGAAUUUAAGAUUCUGUUCCGCCUAGACAAAAUAGCACUUAUUAAGCAUAUUUUUUUACUCUAGUUUUGUAAAUACAUGACAGUAGUUUUUGUAAGCAUAUCCCUGGCUCCUCCUGGAGCCAAAUGACUGCAAGCAGGUAUUGACCAUACUUGAGAAAAUAUUAUUGGAGCUAUAAUCUGUAUUGACAUGAUAGUGAAACAUGUUUGGCCUAACAUUUUUCCACAAUAAUAGUGAUUAUACUUAGAGGGGAAGUCGCAUAGUAGUUAUAUUGCAUAAAGCCACAGCAUCCUUCUGGAAUCAACGGACUGUCCACAUCCCUGCUACAUUUAUAAUGUUGAAGUUUUAAUUCUGCAUUAUCAAUGCAGCUAAGAUGGAACUGGAACCUCUCUAAAUAGGUGGUUUAGGCGGUCGCCUAAGGCCUCAAGCUGGCUGGGGCCUCGUGGCCGCCUAAACCGCCUUAGGGCAGACUGUGGCUUGCUCAGUAUGCCGCUGGGUGCAAGGCCCCUGCUUUCUGCCCAGCCAGCAAUUGCAGACACCUGUCUGCAGCUUCGCAAUGUGCAGAGCUGCAGACCAUGUGUGUCGCGAGAACUGGAUAAUCAGAGCGUUGCCACGGGUUACCAUAGCAACGCUCUGACGGGUCUCGCGAGAUACAUGGUCUGCAGCACUGCGGAGCUGCAGACCGGAUAUUAUGGGCACCGGACCACCAGGGAGCCCACACUGGACCACCAGGGAAUAAAAAAAGUAUUUAGUCACACCAUCACCCCCCUCUCCCUCUCACCAUCACACCCCCACACCUUCACCUCCCUCUCACCAUCAUCCCCUCUCCCUCUCACCAUCACCCCCCUCCCUCUUACCUUCACCUCCCUCUCACCAUCACCCCCCACACCUUCACCUCCCUCUCACCUUCACCUCCCUCUCCCUCUCACCAUCACCCCCUCUCCCUCUCACAUCACCACCUCUCUCUCACUAUCACCCCUCCCUCUCACCAUCACCCCUCUCCCUCAAAUCAUCAUCACCCCCACCAUCACCACCCUCUCCCUCACACCAUCACCACCCUCUCCUCACACCAUCACCCCUCUCUCCCUCACACCAUCACCCUUCUAUCCCUCUGACCAUCACCCCCUCCCUCUUACCAUCACCCCUCCUCACCAUCACCCUGUCACACAAAGGAUCCCCCCACACACACAGUAUCACCCACCUCACACACACAGCCUCCCCAGACACACUGUUAGCAUUCCAUCACACUGUCACCUCCCCACACAUUGUCACCCCUCCCUACACUGUCAUCACCCCCCACACUGUCAGCCUCUUCAUGCAUCCACACUCACAUUAACCACUCACCCCUUCCAAAUUCACCUGCCCUCACUCUGCCACACUCACCCUGUCACAUUAACCCCCCUUAAUCUUGUCACACUGCCACAAUUGCGCUGACACUCUUACAUCCACUCGCCCUGUCACACUCCCUCAUCAAACCAUGUCAUACUCCCUGUCCCUCAUUCUCUCUCACAACCCAGCCCCACCCCACCCUGUCCAUUUACUCCCUUCGCCCUGUCACACUUUCCCUGCCACUGGUACCCCUUUACUCACCUUGUCACAGUCACCAGAUUCAUCAUGCACACAGUCAGGAAAAUAGCUUUGCCAUAAACACAGUGCACAAAGGUUACAGGCAGACCCCCAUAUACACAACACACUACAAGCAGCUACCCCAAACACAUACGGUCCCAGCCAAAAAUGCAAACAUGCUCACAGAGACAUACAUUCACAAGGAUACUCUCUGUAAGACACACUCUCAGGCACAUACACAGGUAAACUGUGCAUCAAUGUGAAUAUGUGACAGUGUGCAUGUAUUGUUACUUUUUUGUUUGUCACUUUUCUGUUAGUGGGACCUCAGGUGUGGGGCCUCAUAAAGUCUAGAGCCACCUCUGACAUGUCCCUUGGUGGCAAGUGUAUUCUACGCAAUGUAUCCACUACUGUGAGCUGUAGUAGAUAUGUUGCUUAGCGUUACAUUUAAAGUAUAAUAGCAGAAUUGGAGGUUGGACAAUUUUCAUCUGUCCUUAAGUUGAAUAGAAAAAUAUGUUCUAGUAUGAAGUUAAAGGACCACUCUAGGCACCCAGACCACUUCAGCUUAAUGAAGUGGUCUGGGUGCCUGGUCCAGCUAGGGUUAACCCAUUUUUUCAUAAACAUAGCAGUUUCAGAGAAACUGCUAUGUUUAUGAAUGGGUUAAGCCUUCCCCUAUUUCCUCUAGUGGCUGUCUCAUUGACAGCCGCUAGAGGCGCUUGAGUGCUUCUCACUGUGAUUUUCACAGUGAGAGCACGCCAGCGUCCAUAGGAAUGCAUUCUGAAUGCUUUCCUAUGUGACCGGCUGAAUGCGCGCAGCUCUUGCCGCGCAUGCACAUUCAUCCGACAGGGAGGAGAGGAGGAGGAUCGGAGGAGGAGAGCACCCCGCCUAGCGCUGGAAAAAGGUAAGUUUUAACCCCUUUCCAGAGCCGGGCGGGAGGGGGACCCUGAGGGUGGGGGCACCCUCAGGGCACUAAAGUGCCAGGAAAGCGAGUAUGUUUUCCUGGCACUAUAGUGGUCCUUUAAGUCACUAAACAAUGAGUUGUGGUAAGUUGGUUUUAAUUUAAAGCAUAAUGGAUAACACUUUGGGAAGAAACUAGAUGUAUCAUGAGAACCGCUUAAAGGGGGGGGAGGGGUACACUGAUCACCAUAUGUGCAAUGUGUAAUUCUAAAACAUGAUCUUCCCAUAAAAAUAUACAUAUUAUAUAACAAAUUCUGGAUACCUCAACAGUGAUCCGAAGGUCUAAUGGCUUGAAUAUGUUGACUGAACCCGAACAUGGCAUUAUUUUCCCCUAUUAUGUUCUUUAAGAUGUGUAACUUUUAUAUUAUAUUAUAUGAGGAAAAUUCAGUGUCUUCAUGCAGAAGUGAGAGUGUGCAGCACUGCCCCAGUAGCCAUCUGAGGAGUGGCCAAUGGAGGUGUCCCUAGACUGUAAUGUAAACACUGCAUUUUCUCUGAUAUUAUAGUGUUUACUACAAAGAGCAAGAAGGGAAUGAUUAUACUCACCAGAACAAAUACAAAAAGCUGUAGUUUUUCUAGUGACUAUAGUGUCCCUUUUAUACAAAACAUUGGCAUUUUCCAUCAAAGUGAAGUUAUUCACCAAAAUAAAAACAAAAGUUUACCUAACGUGAUUAAAAUGCUUUUCUAAUAGGUGCCAUGAAAUAAUAUAAUCACUGAAAUAUCCCAACAAUCUUCCCUUUGAUAUGUAUGCCUUCACUGUAUGUAUGUUCAAUUAUUUGGCUUUACUGAGAAGUUUCCUACUGAGUUAAUGCCAUUAAUCAGCAAAUUGUUUCAAUUUCACAGCUUUUUUUCUAUCUAUAGAAUGCCAAUGCUAAUAAGUUCUAAUUUUAAUUACUAUACACCAUAAUUACAAUUAGCUAACAUAGUAAUAAUUGUAAUUAAUCAAAGGUAAUUAAUAGCAACAAUAAUAAUAGGAACGAUAUGUUAGAAAUUACACGCCCAGGUAGCAUUUCUGACAUUAUUUUUCAAAAUAUGAUAAGACAUAACAGCAUGCCGAAAACGUUGAAUUUUAGAAUAAUCAUUUAAAUUAGCACUGUCACCUGUGACAGUCUUUACGUAUUUUGCAAACGCCCUAAAGUGACACUCCAUCUUGGUAUGUGAAGGUCUAGGGGUGAAGUGGAAGUUUAACUAACCUGACACUGUACCCUGCAGGUACAGACAUCACCUUUCUUCAGCUUGUGGCUAUGUAGAACCUCAUGGGACCACACAAUCUGCAACAAACAGACUUGACAAGUUCAGGUUUUUAAGUGUGAAUUUUCAUGGAGGGUUUUGAUGCGUCCAUGUCCCACUUUGGAGCACUUUAGCAGGCUACAUAUUCUAUCUACACCAUAAAGGCAUACCAUUUCUUAAAGAAGACAUCCCAGGGUAUUUCAAAAGGCAUAUUUUGAACCUUAGCUUUUACCAUUAGUGGUAAUAAGCAUCAUAGGCGUGCGCAGCCUAUUGCAUUAGGGUGUGCACCCUAAAGCACAAACACCCGCCGUGUGGUGUGUGUGUGUAUGUAUGUAUAUAUAUAUAUAUAUAUAUAUAUAUAUGUGUGUGUAUAUAUAUAUAUAUAUAUAUAUAUAUAUAUAUAUAUAUAUAUAUAUAUAUAUAUAUAUGUAUGUAUAUAUAUAGAUACAUACACACACACACAAACACAUACACUGCUGUGUGUGCUGUUAGUGUGAUGUGUGUGUGAGGGUGCUGUUAGUGUGAUGUGAGGGUAUUUGUGUGUGUGUGUGUUUGUGACUGUGCUGUUUGUGUGUGAGGGUGUUUGUGUGUGUAUGUUUGUCCUGUGAGGGUGCUGUUUGUGUGAGUGUCGUGUAUUUGUGAGGGUGCUGUUUGUGUGUGUGUGUGAGGGUGUUGUGUUUUUUUUUAAAGGUGCUGUGUGUGUUUGUGAGGGUGCGGUUAGUGUACUGUGUGUGUGUGAGCUGUAUGUGUGUAGGUGCUGUAUGUGUGUGUGCUGUAUGUUUGGAGGGAUUUGGCAGAUUAGUAAAUCCUUGCUGCCAUGUGCUAUCCCUGGUGGUCCAGUGGAGAGUGAACUCUAGCCUGCGGGGCUAGAGUUAACUCUCGCGAGAUCUGAGCGUUGCCGCAGCAACGCUCAGAUAUCGCGAGAGGAACCUGGCGGAGCUUCUGUCUAGAGCUCCCUGGGUCCUCUCCUGCCUCCCUCCAUGCUGCUGUGGGCCGGUGAGGUAGAUCUUUGGUCUCCCCGCCGGCCCAUGGAGGCUUAGAGUAGAGCCGGCACUCAGAUAGCGCCGGCUCUGUGUGUGUGUGUAUAUAUAUAUUUAUAUAUAUAUGCGUACACACACACACUCACAGACACACACACACACACUCACAUACACAGACAGACACACACUCACAGGCACACAUUCACAGACACACAGAGACACACUCAGACACACUCACACAGACACACACUCACAGACACACUCACACACAGACACACUCACAGACACACACACACACAGACACACUCACACACACACACUCACACACUCAGACACACAAACACACACUCACAGACACACACACACACAAGAACAAAUUAUUAUAUUUUAAUAAAAAACAAUGUCCACCCAGCCUCCUACCUGGAGUGCUGGCGUGGACUUUUCCCUGGGGUCCAGUGGGACGGGCGCCUCUCUCCAGCUCAGCUGCGGCGAGGGAGCUCUCUGCUGUCUGCUCUCUGCUCCCUCUCGCCGCGCGGGCUGUCUGCUGUCAUAUUCCGGCUCCCGGCAUCAGCGCGCGGCGAGAGGGAGCAGAGAGCAGACAGCAGGGAGCUCUCUCGCCGCGGCUGAGCUGCAGAGAGGGGGGGGAUCCAUCACCUCUUGCCCCCCCCCAUGACAGGGGCAAGAGGUGAAACAGGGGGCGCUGAGUGCCUGCAGGAACAGCGUUCCUGCUCAAAAAAAGUGCAGGAACGCUGUUCCUGCAGGACUCAAACCAUAGGCGUGCCACGGGGAUUAGGGUGUGCCCAGGCACACCCGGCACACCCCGUGCGCACGCCUAUGAUAAGCAUUUUUUUCUGCCUUUUUGACACACAAAGUGAGUUUGCACAGUGCAUUUUGCAAACCUUAUGUGUUCUACGGGUGUAUAAUACUUCAUAUGUUGCUCAGCUAUGCCGUCUGAGUACAGCAAUACCCCAUAUGUACCUUUGCCAGAUAUAUGUGGACAUUUGAGACACAUCCAUUCCAGUUGUUUUUUUUUUCAAACUUUGAAUUUUUCUGCUGUGUCCAUAUCCCAUUUUGGAGUAUUUUAGCAGACUAUAUAUUCCAACUACCCCAUAAAGGCAUGCCAUUUCUUAAAGAAGACAUCCCAGUGUAUUUCAAAAGGCAUAUUUUGAACCUUGGCAUGGGAUCAUUUUUCCGCUAAUACCAUGUGUAGUGGUAAUAAGCAUUUUUUUUUGCCUUUUUUACACACAAAGUGAGUUUGCACCGUAUAUUUUGCAAAUCUUAUGUGUGCUAUGGCUGUAUAAUAUUUCAUGUGUUUCUCAGCUAUGUUGUCUGAGUACAACAAUACCCCCGUAUUUACCUUUGCCAGGUAUAUGUGGAUGUUGAAGGGGCACAUUUGAGACAGAUCCAUUCAGUUUUUUUCCAACUUUUGAAGUCUUAAUCUGUGUCCAUGUUCCAUUUUGGAGUAGUUUAGCUGGUUGGUUAUUUAAAUGGCCCCACAAACGCAUAUCAUUUUUGAAAGAAUACACCCUGGGGUAUUUCUAAAUGCAUGUUUUGAACCUUAACGUAGGAUCAUUUUUUUCAUUAGUUUGUUCCAGAUGUUGUGGUAAUGAGCAUUUUUUUAUGUAUUUGUUUACUCUUUUAAACCUUUUUACUUUUUAAAACUUGUUUUUACAUUUUUUUACUUAUUAAAUUUUUUUACACUUGUAACAAAUUUUUUACCGCUAACCCCUAAUUUUUUAUAUUUAUUUUGUACUAUUUGUGCUUUGUUUUCAUCUACACACCUCAUACCACUAACAUGAAUGCAAAUAUGACUAUACUGUUAUUCUUAAAGCUGCACUGUCAUGCCGAAUCCUGCUUUUGUUUUUUUUUAACCCCCCUCCGGCCUCCUCUACAUCUAACUAACACUCUAGUCACCCCCAAAUGCCCCUAAGCCCCCCACAUUACCUAUUUUGUAUUCCUUAUUUUCUGGGCGGCAGGUGGGGGCCAUGAAGAUAAUGGGGGGGGGACCUACUUUCCCUCCCCGGCUCCCACCCCUGGGCGGCGGGUGGGGGCCAUGAAGAUAAUGAGGGGGGGACCUACUGUCCUCCCACCUGCCCCCACCCCUGGGCAGCGGGUGGGGGCCAAAUGAUAAUGAGGGGGGGGACCUACUGUCCUCCCCCCCGGGGCCCCACCCCUGGGCGGCGGGUGGGGGCCCUAAGUCAAUCCCCCCCACCAAGGUGACUAGGGGUUCUCAAGCCCCUAGUCACCCACCCCCCCACCCAAAUAAAAAGUCCCUACCUACCCCCCUCACCCUAAAAAAUAGUGAGGGGGGAAUAAAAUAACUAACCUGUAAAAUAAAAUUAAACUUACCAUUCGACGUCUUCUUUUUUCUCAAAUCUUCGUUUUUCAGCCCCAAAAAAGGCAAAAUAAAAAACCAACAUAACCGUCGAAUUGAAAAUAAAAUAAAAAUCCCGAGCGCAAAAAAAAAAAACCCGACGAAAAAGAAAAAACCCGAGCGCAAAAAGGGGGGCAUUGACUUAGGGCCCCCCACCCGCCGCCCAGGGGUGGGGGAGGACAGUAGGUCCCCCCCCCUCAUUAUCUUUAUAAAAUAGCCCUCCUACCCCCACCUCACAAAAUUAUAAAGUAUCCCAUUCACUAUAUGGCCAAACAAAAAUGAUGUCCAAAUUCCUAUUCCUUAUGUUACUUGCCCUUGCAACUGAUGUGGAGUCUAACCCUGGUCCCCCAGCUAAUUCUGGUCCUAAUCUCCCCACUAAAAAAAGACCUCUCUUUUGUGCACUGCAACAUCCGUCGCUUGCUCCCUAAACUGGAUGCACUACAAGCCUGGUGUUCCCAUUACAAAUCAAAAAUCAUCGUGCUCUCAGAAUCAUGGUUAACAACUAAAAUACCAGACUCCGCCAUUGCAAUACAGGGUUAUUCAUGUUUUAGAAAUGACAGCGCAAAAAGAGGAGGAUGCAUUGUUAUUUAUGUUGACAAGUUCAUAAAAUUUACUCCUUUAAAAAGCUAUAACUUCUGCCUUUUGAUUUUCUUUCUGGCACAAUUGAGAUCGUUUUCAGUAAAACUAUCAUUGUUGCUGGAAUCUACCUGAAGCUCAGUGCACCAGCAAUUGCUAAACCUGCCACUACCUUUAGCAAUGAAUCCCUGGUGUACAUGUGCAUACUAUCAACAAUCAAAUUAUCUGACCCCUAAUCAAUCAGGCUUUCGUCUAAAUCACUCAACUUUAACUGCCCUCUUAAAAGUUUGCAUUGACAUCCAAAUUGGCAUGGAACAAGGAGACUUAACUGGAGCUAUUUUCCUUGAUUUUGCCAAGGCCUUUGACACAGUAGACCAGUGAUAGGAUACCUUCGGCACUCCAGAUAUUGUGGACUACAUCCCCCAUAAUGCUCUUACACCCAUAAUGCUGGCAAAGCAUCAUGGGAGGUGUAGUCUAAAACAUCUGGAGUGCCAAAGGUUGCCUAUGCCUGCAGUAGACCAUGGCAUUCUUUUUCAAAAACGUAAAAACUCAGACAUUGGUAAUCGUCCACUAACCUGGUUUCGAUGAUAUGUUUCAGCCCGAUUGCAAUAUGUGGCCAUUUCUAAUAGCGCUUCCCUCCCUCUUCCAGUCACGUGUGGUGUUCCCCAAGGCUCCAUACUCGGCCCCCUGCUACUCACAUCAUUUAUAAAUGAUCUGCCUAACGUCUGCAAAUCCUCAACUGCACCAGUUUUAAAGAAUGUUAUUGCAAUACUAAAAAAGUGCAGAAGCAAGCUACAAAAUUAGUAAGGGGGUGGAAAACAUCAACUAUGAGGAAAGACUAGAAAAACUUUAUUCAUUUUCUUUAAAAAAAAAAACAAAUUCACCUGAAAGGGGAUAUGAUCGCACUAUACAAAUAUAUAUAGGGUCAGUACAAACCGCUUAUCAGAAGUUUGCCAUCAGAUUCUAUAGCUAUUUUCAAAAAAAAGGUUUGGAUGUUUUUUUGCAUAAACAGAAUAUUCAAGGAUAUAAUUGAUAUGUAUGUAAACCGGUUGUUAAUUCGAGGAGAAAUCUGAUUGCCAUUAUAAAGUCAAGAAGGAUUCCCCCCCUCUUUUUGUGGCAUAAUUAUUUGGGGUGUAGGAUUUGCCUUCUUUUGGAUCAACGGCAUAAAAGAAUGUGUUUGAAGGUUGAAUUUGAGAGACGUCAGUCUUUUUUCAACCUAGACACCUUUGCCACUAUGUAACUGCCCUGGAAGAAUAAACUAGGAAAUCUACACAUUUACACACACAUAAUUGCCAGUUAUAAGACACUUACAUGUGCUACCUGCCAGCAAUCCACCCAGACAAAAAAUAUAAAAGUACUCAAUAGUUUUACAAAACACAAGCUAAAUAAUAUACCUCUCAGGAAUGUCAAAUUGAUCCUGUAACAGUACCAUUAGCACAGCUAAAUGUGCCACAUGUCUAAUGUUGAGGGUGCAGCCCAGCAUUGGGGAUUUCUGUGGUUUGCAGGACUUAAUAAUAUUCUAAUAUUGAUUCAGCUAUAUUGCUUAUAACAUAAAUGAGUUGUUUUGCAGUUUGCAGGUGUAACAUGUAUUGAUCUGUUGAACGAAAGUAUUGAUGUAGGCUGCGAGGUAAUUGAGAGGCAGCCUUUCAAGCAUUUUUUGCUGUAAACUAUGACAUCUGGAGCUUAAAAUAGCAAGUUUAAUGGUCUGUUCGUGGGACUCCUAUCUCUUCAUUGCCUUAAAGUAUUUGCGUUCACACAUAACACAACACUGAUUACAAUAUCAAUUCUCUUUGAUUGUAGGCCAUAGAACCCAAUACAUCACAGGAUAUCUCUGUGUCACUGCUGAAAUCCAUUCUCACAGAAAAGGAAGUUAAAAUAAAUGAUCUCAGCAAAGAACUCAAGAGAGUAGAAACUGAGAACCUACAAUUGCUGGAAGAAAAGGAUCUACUUCUCUCUGAAAUCGAAACACUUAGAAGAGAAUUUGAGGUAUUGAUUAAUUAUGCUUAAAGGGAGACCAUUAAUUCUUUAGACCAUUAAAUAAAAUAUUGAAAAUCAUGUAUUAGCUGUGUGAACCUUUAUUUUCAUGCGAUGUUCUGUUUCCUUUUAAAUACAUAUUAAAGAUUCAACAAAUGAUAUCACAGUCCAGUCCAGGUCAUGCACAGCCAGGGCACAAAAUACAUACGAGGAGAUGAAAGAGAAACAUUGUUUUAGUUCUAAUAUUCCAUCUGUUGACUGACAGGUGCAAAGGACAGAGCUUGUAACAAUGAUUAACGGGAGCUAUGAUAUACAGAGAUGUGGAAUUCUACAUUUUUUUAUUUUUUUUCCAUAUUUUUUCCCCCCACAUAUUUGUAUAAUAUAUGGAUGAGACAACAUAAUGUUAAAAAUAGUAGGAAGUGACAUUGCCCCCUUAUUACUUUGUGAUAUUACUAGUAAACUGUUUUUAAAGGGACACUAUAUUCACCAAGGUAACUUGAGCUUAAUGAUGCUGUUUUGGUGUAUAAAUCAUGCCCCUGCAGCCUCACUGCUCAAUCCUCUGUCAUUUAGGAUUUAAAUCACUUUGUUUAUGCAGCUCUAGUCACACCUCCCUGCAUGUGACUUGAACAGCCUUCCUAAACACUUCCUGUAAAGCGUUAGAAAUAGAAUUUCUUAUCUCCAGCUAUGUUAAUAGCUUGUAGGACCCUCCUGUGUGUGAUUAAAAUGUGAUUUUUAUGCAGGCUGUGUGAGUCACAGCCAGGGGAGGUGUGGCUAUAUGUGCAUAAACAGAAAAAAAAUGAUUUAUCUCCUAAAUGGCAGAGACUUGAGCAGUGAGACUGCAGAGACUUGAUCAAUACACUAAACAUGCUUUAUUAAGCUUAAAUUGGUUUUGGGCCUAUAGUGUCCCUUUAAUGUUAAUAACAAUAAUCAUUCAAAUAAAUUCAGGAUCACUACAGGUGUUAAGAAAAAGUGCAAGUAAUCCAAAAAAAGCUGCAGGGGUCGGAUGUGUAAAUGUAUUUAUCUUAGUUUAUGUUUAUACCUGCCCUCACUCAGCAACCACUAGUUUUAAGUUCUGUACUGACACAAAACCCAUUUCUCUGCGUGGCUUUCUUUUCAUUUUAGAUAUACCAUGUUUUAAUACUGCAUCUGCUUUACAUGGUAUCAAUGACCCACAGCAAAGCACUUAAAGGCAAUCCAUAGAGCCCAGUUUGUACAACCCUCACAUGAAUCUGUGUAACCGUUCUAACUACUGUCUUUCAAGAUUAGUGCCCUCAAGUUAAUAUCUUUUAUUAUUGGUCUCCUAGGUAAUGACAUUUGACAAAGAGAGAAAAAAAGAGGAUGUAUUGAAUUUAUUUGACCCUAACUCACCUGCAGUACUUCAGCAACAAAUAGGUAAUGUUUCAGAAUAUUUCUUCUUGUGUGUUUUUUCACCAUGCAAAUUAUGGAGGUGCAAAAACAUAAUAUUCAUAUAUGUAAUUUGAAUAUGUGGGGUAACAGCUUCUUCAAGAAGAGAUCUGACUGACAUUCUAGGGUCAAGAAGGAUUUUUUCCUAAUUUGUUGCAAAACUGGAACGCGCUUACAUACUGGAUUUUUUUUGAGAAAGGCUGAACUUGAUGGACCCAUGUCUUUUUUCAGCCUAUGUAACUAUGUUAAAUAUAAUCAUUAUUUGUGAUGAUUGUAUUGACAUAAAAAAUCACACAAAGUGCCUUAGCAUGUCAAAUCAAAGUAUGUGAGCAUGGGCGUCCACAGGAAUUUUUCCAGGGGAGGGCAUAAAUGUAAUGACUUCCAUGCUUGGCCCCUUUUUGCAGGGCUGGACUUUGGCUACAAAGCAGCCCUGGAAAAAAUGUAUGCCAGCCCCAUAAGUCAUUGUGCCAUGUAGUGUAUGUGUAUAUAUAUAUAUAUAUAUAUAUAUAUAUAUAUAUAUAUAUAUAUAUUUAUUUAUUUAUUUAUUUUUUCUGCUUACUUGUACACACACACAAACUUAGUACAAACUCUGACACUUACACAAGGUUACUACAGAAAAACUCAUUAGUAUACAAACACAAACUUACUAUAGACAAGCUUACUGUCACACAUAUAUGCUCACUACAGACAAGCUCACUGACACACACACACAUGCUCACUACAGAAAAGCUCACUGACACACACUAGAUGACUACAGACAAGCUCACUGACAUAUGCAUGGUCACUAUAAACUUACUGACAUACACAUGCUCACUACUGAAAAGCUCACUGACACACAUGCUAACUACAGACAAACCCACUGACACCCACACAUGCUCACUACAGAAAAGCUCACCGACACACACAUGCUCAGUACAGAAAAGCUCACUGACACACACAAACUCACUUACAGACAAGCUCACUGACACAUAUACACAUGCUCACUACAGACACGCUCACUGACACACAUAUGCUUACUACAGAAAAGCUAGCUAACACACACAAGCUCGCUUACACAUUAGCUUACUGAAACACACAUGCUAACUGUAGAAAAGCUCACCGACACACAUGCUCCCUACAGACAAACUCACUGAUAAACACAUGCUCACUACAGACACAUAGUGACACACACGCUCACUACAGACAAGCUCACUGACACACACACUCACACACAUGCUUACUACAGACAAACUCCCUGACACACACACAAGUUCACUACAGACAUGAUUACUACAGACAAGCUCACUGACACACACAUGCUCACUACAAACUCACUGACACACACACACAUACUCACUAUAGACACGCUCACUGACACACAUAUGCUUACUACAGAAAAGCUAGCUAACACACACAAGCUCGCUUACACAUAAGCUUACUGACACACACAUGCUAACUGAAGAAAAACUCACCGACACACAUGAUCACUACAGACAAGCUCACUGACACACACAUGCUCAUUACAGAAAAGCUCACUGACGCACACUAGAUCACUACAGACAAGCUCACUGACACAUACAUGGUCACUAUAAACUCACUGACCUACACAUGCUCACUACUGAAAACCUCACUGACACACAUACUAACUACAAACAAACCAACUGACACACACACAUGCUCACUACAGAAAAGCUCAACGACACACACAAACUCACUUACAGACAAGCUCACUGACACAUAUACACAUGCUUACUACAGACACGCUCACUGACACACAUGCUUACUACAUAAAAGCUAGCUAACACACACAAGCUCCCUUACACAUAAGCUUACUGGCACACACAUGUUAACUGUAGAAAAGCUCACCGACACACAUGCUCACUACAGACAAGCUCACUGACACACACACACAAUCACUACAGACAAGCUCACUGGCACACACACACAUGCUCACUACAGAAAAACUCACUGACACACACACAAGUUCACUACAGACAUGCUUACUACAGACAAGCUCACUGACACACACACAUGCUCACUACAAACUUACUGUUGCACACACACGCUCACUCACUAUCAGAAGCACACACACACACACACACACACUGUCAUGGACUGAAGCCUAGCUGUCACAGAAGGCUGUGGGAGACUGGGAGCACGGAGAGGUAAAGUCUACAUGCUCUUUCCUCUUCCUUCCGGCAAGGUCAGCAGUGUGAGUGUGGGUGGAGCUUGUGUGGAGGCGGGGUUUGCAAAGGGAGGUGGAGCAUGAGUGCAGGGGCAGAGCAUAGAGGCACUGAAUUGCUGGGGAUUCGGAAGGGAGCCUCACAGUUCUCCCUAAAUGCGGCCCCAAGCACCUCCCUCCAUCCCCCCGGCACUUCUCUCCUUCUUUUAAUUAUUUCAAAGGCAUUUUAGGUAUCCUGGUGCCUGUGUGGAGGGAGGAAGUUGAAAAAUCCUGCUGACGCCUAUGUAUGUGGGCUUCAAGGCUACAAAACACUUCCAAUGUCUCCUUUGUGUUCCUACAGGCUUCAACUGUGCAAAAUCUGUCACUGGUCUGCCCAACCUAAAAUAUACAGGGUUAUUCACUAAAGUGAUAAUUCAGAGUGAAUUCAAAAUAGCUUUCAAAUUUAAAGGGACACUAUAGUCACCAAAAUAACUUGAGCAUAAUGAAGCAGUUUUUGUUUUUUUAAAUACUGCACAUCCAGACUCCUACUACUGUGGCCAUGUCAAAUCACUGAAGUGGUCAUGGUGAUUGGAAUAACUCUUUAAAAAAAAAAAGGUUUUCAUUGCUGAGUGAACCUUUUUAAAAUGUCAUGAGUCUUCAAUGUAUAAUAUCCUACAGCUAAUGAGAAUAUAUAUGUAUAUAUUAGAAAAAAACAAUCCAAACAUAACAGGCAUCCCUGGAGAGGUUCUGCAAGUAUGAGUCUGGGAUGGAUGUACAAGAACGGGAUAGUAAGAGGUCACCAGCAGAGUGAAAAAAUAUUUGUUCAUGAUGGAGGAGAUAUAGGCAGGGGCUACAUUAUGGAGAGCUUUUCAAGUAAGCACAAGAACUUUGAAACAAAUCCUGAAUGAAACGGGAAGCCAUUGCAGGGAUCAAUGGAGAAUUGAAGUAUGAGAGUUGAGUGAUUUAAUGUAGAUGAGUCUGGCAGAGACAUGCAUUACAUUCUGCAGAGAAGCAAUUUGUGCAAUUGUCAGGCCAAUAAGGAGAGGGUUACAAUAAUGAAGAGAAACCAUGAGCGCAUGAACAAGCAUUUUGGUCGUGUCCUGAGUAAGAAAGGGGCAAAUGCGAGAAAUGUUUUUAAGAUUAAAGUGACAGGAUUUAGCAAUAGAUUUUAUGUAAUGAGUGAAGGGAAGGUCAAAGUUAUGAAGAGUAACAGAGAAAGACCUAGCCUUAGAGGUAGGACAAGGAGUUUGGUCUUGGAAAGGUUGAGUAUUAGAAAUUGUCAUUUAGUCAGAGACUUAGAAUUGGGAGUCAGUGACAAAAUACAGCAGAUGGGGAGAAAGAUCAGGAGAGGAGAGGUAGACCUGGGAUCAUCAGAGUACAGGUGAUUCUGAAACCCAUAAAAUAAUAUCAUGUCAUCAAGAGGCAGUGUAUAUUGAAAUAAGAAGAGAUUACAGUAUAGAGUCUUCACAAACUCAAACUAAGAAAGGUUCAGAAAGGGAGGAGGUACCAGAGAAGGAAAUACUGAAGGAGUGGUUAGAGAGGUAGGAAGAAAACCAGGAGAGAGUGGUAUCACCAAGACCAAGGUUGUGAAGGGGGAAGAAGAGAAUCGAGUGGAUAACUAUGUCAAAAGAGCCAGCAAGAUAAAGAAGAAUAAAUAGGAAAUAAUGGUGUUUGGAUUUUGCCAUCACUAAGUUAUUAUUUUCGGGGCAGUCUCUGUGGAAUGUUGGGAACGGAAGCCAGACUGAAGCGGGACAAGUCGGGGUUGAGGUUCAGAUAGUCUGCAAGUUUAGUAUAGCUUGGAGGUGAAGAGAAGCAAAUAAAUAGGAAUGCUAAGCAAAGCAUCCAGGUCAUGAGAAGGCUUUUAUAGUAGGGGCGUGAUCAGGGUAGCCAUCAGGGGAUUACAACCAUAAUGGUUGUCAAGGGCCCGGCAGUCCCCUACCCUCCAAAAUGCAAGUAGAGUGCCGCUAUAUAUAUACUACGUUUUAUAUAUAUACACUUCCAAGCAGGGCCCAGGACAUUGAGCACCCCGUCCGGCAUUUUUGCAAGCCGCAGCUGUAAAGCAUUACCGUUGGUUGACAUGACAACGCUACUUGGCACGCAAUGCAUCCCGCAGUGGCGUACUAAAGGGGGGCAGUCUUCCCUGGAUGCCAUGACCCUGGUCUGAGUGCUGAAGGGGGAUGUGUGAGCUGUGGGGCUGCAUAGUGCCCCAUGGCAGCUGGGGUGCCGGAUGGCCGGCACAGCUCACACACGCAGAGACCAGCUGAACUGGCCAUACCGUACAGAAUUAAAGUGGAGGCGGAGCUAAGAAAAGAUGGAUCAGAGAUUAACACAGCCCUUACCCGCUGCUGUUACUGCUGCACAUGGAGGUAAAGCAAGAAGGAAUCUCUGCUUCUCCAACUAACAGGCUCCAGGGAAGGAGUGUAUGUGUGUAUGACUGCCUGUGGCUAUGUGUGUGUUUGUGCCUGUGUGUGUGUAUGACUGCCUGCCUGUGUCUGUAUGUGUAUGACUGCCUGUGACUGUGUGUGUGUGUAUGUGUGUGACUGUCUGCUUGUGACUGUGUAUGUGACUGUCUGUAACUGGGUGUGUGACUGUCUGGCUACGACUGUGUGUGACUGUAUGCCUUUAACAGUGUGUAACGGAUCACCUGGCACCCCGACUGGGUACCUCUGUUGAAGGAUGCUCCUAGCGCUUCCUGAGGACUCCAAGCCCCGCAGCAGACACCACAAUCACUGAACCGGAGAAGCAUACGAAUGGUCUCAAGAAUGCUGUAAGCAGCUGAACAGGAAAAGCAUACAAUCAGCUUACACUCCUGGCAAUCAGCAUAUAAUCCAAUUCCCCCAAUAAGGAGACGACACUUCGUUUUGAGGUCAAGCAGAACUGCCUGUACUGGCACAUACAGCCUCUUUUAUUCACAAUCCACAAACAUAGUACUGCCCACAGGGUUUUGAAAUACCACCAAUCAAUCCGUACAAUACACACAGACACUCCCACACAAAAUCCUCACCUCUGCCUGUGAUAUGAUUACUGAACACAAUGGUUAAUAUAAUUAUCACAGGCAGAGAAAUACAGUAUUAUAAAACAUAUCACAGGGACCCCAAAACAUGCAAUAACCCCAUAAAAGUAUAUCCUCGGAACCGGGGGAUCUGGGUGAACCACAUAUCCAAAAUUCACCAAGGUCUGUUCAGUAGUUUGGAAGAUACAAUUUAAUGCAGAUUCCGCAGAACAUAUACAGGCUAUAUGAAAAAUAAUUACUGUAUAAUGUGUCCCCUGUUGUAUAGUUUAAAACUACUACACAAUGUCUUUGUGCACCAAAUAUCGGCAAGAUGGCACCGUGUAGAAAAGACCAAACAGUGUCUGUGAGUUAAAAUGGCCGCCCUCCAUUGUUCUCACCAUGUGCUUCAUCCAUUGUUCUCACCAUGUGCCUCUGAUACAUGAAAUGGUGGCCACCCAGUAACGCCACAGUAUGUCCCCAGAUGGUUCUUAAAGGGCCAGCAGCAGCACAACACAAAUCCAUUAUGCCUAAAUCAUUUCUUUAAAGUGCAAUACAUCCCAGGGGCCAUAGUCACAUUGCAGGAGGCUGGCAAUCAGUCUUCUCCAAUGCCCAGUGGCGAGGUCGGUUUCGCCACACAGUGUGUGUGACUUUAUGCAUGUAACUGUGUGUGUGGAGUGCAGGGAUUUUGUUGAAGGGUGUAGAGGGGAGAAGGGGUUGCCAAACACAGGAUCCGCCCCAGGUGCCAAAUGCUCUAGGUAUGCCCCUGCAUGCCGGGCUCGCAUCAGAAGUAGAGGAUUUACUGCAGGGGAAGAUAGAGACUUCUGGGCCCCUCUUUCAUCUACAACAAGCCUAGCCACUGGACCACCAGGGAAUCCAGAGUCUCCCUUCCCUGACUACAGGUAAGAGGCAGGAAGGGGGGGGGAUAAAAAAAAACACCUCCCACAGCAUUUGUCCAACAUAAAGACACACACAGCAUACAAUGCACAAACACACACACACACAGCAUUCACUGCAUUCACUAUACUCACCUCAUCCAUUACAGAAACACACAAACUGCAUUCACUACACACACAGUAUCCACUGCACAAACACGCACAGCAUCCACUACAUACACACACACACACAUUACAUCCACGAGGGGAAAAUGCCAUAGAAAAAAUAGCAGGUAAUCUUGUUAAUUCUAAACUGAAGUAAAUUUGAAAAUGUGCUUCCGUUUAAUGUAUGACACAGGUCUUUCUCUAAAAAACAAUCACUGGUAUUAUACUAUGAAUAUUGUAUGUAAAAUGAACAAAGUUACAAAUUUAACUUUUUGUAACUUUGUUUUUGUAUGGCUUUAGGGUUACUCCAAGCACCAUGACCACUUAAAUUGGUACAAGGACAUUGUAUGUGUAUCAUCAGUUCAGUAUAAAACACAGCACAGAUUUUUUUUAAUUUUUUUUUAUAUUGCUCCGACAGCAUCUUUAGCAAUCCCGGAACGAGAGUUCUGGCUAAUGUCGGCUGGCUAAUGUCAUUUCUGUGGAUAUUCUGUGCACAGAGGUUAAUUCAUUGACUGAAAGUGCUCAGUUAACACUCUCAGCCUAUGAUUGACCAGCAGGAUCAUCAUCCUGCUUCUGCAGUUCAGCAGAAGCCAGAUGUCAUUCACCUGCAAUUAGAGGAGGAAAAACACUGGUAAGACUUAAGUAAGAGGCAAACGAGGAACGGCGCCAGGUUACUCCUAGCAUCAUCACCACUAUCUUUAGCAUUUUUUGGAGGUUCAAAACAAUUUUCUAAAAUACCAUAUUACAGUAAUUAUACCCCACACUAUUUACACAAGUGAUUGUCCUUGAGGAUGGGUUGACAACCACUGCCUUAGUUUGUGUGCCCAAUUGAGCAGGACCCCCAUCAACUAAUUUGUUUAUAUGCUUUCUUAUUUGUUUCUUAACAUACUGUGCAGUACUAUGGAAUCAGCAGACACCAUAGAGGUUAUUUUAAUACAAACCGGAAUCAAAUCUGAUAGGUUGAAGGUUACGAUUAAAUUUAUCUCAAAAUUGUGGAGCAGUUUUUUUUUUCCAAAUGUUAUUCAUACAUUCCUAAAAAAGAAUCAUAGAUUAAUAAAGAACUAUUGAAUGCAAAGAAACUCAGCAAGUAGUCAAAUUAAUCCUAUCACAGCUCUUAUUGUUUUUUUUGUUUUUUUUUACUAAUUGUAUAUUCUCAAUCUGUGUCUCAGUCAGUUUCAAAAACCAGAUUAGUGACCUACAAGAAGCCAAUGAAAGUGUAGUUUUGGAACUAGCCAAAGCUGACGAGGAAAUUUCACAACAAAAGAAGGACAUGGCAAAGCUCAAAGACGAAUACAACCAGAAAUUAGAAGAUUCACAAGAAGAAAUAAAACUGCUUACUGAAAAGGUAGUUUUAUACAUUAAUAGUGUAUGACUCGGAUAUUUGCAUUUAUUUUAAUAGUUUUAUACAUAAUCUUGAUAAUGUACUUUUUUAAAAUAAAUUCUUUAUUUUUGGACAGUCAAAUAAUAGUACAUAUUUGUGGGGAGACAUUUGUAACAUGUUUCAUAAGUAUACAUUAACAAUGCCAUGUUUCAAAAAUGUUAGACAAAAGCAGUUACAUAAGUUUGCAAAUGGGCAGGAUGUCAAGAUCAUAGUAUACAUUUGCGGUAGAAAGUUCCCCUGUUGGAAGGGUAAUCCUUGACCGAAUAUUUUAUAAAACACUGAGUAGAAAAAUAACUGCAUAAAGUGUAUUUAAGUUGACUGCGUUGUUAUCCUGGUUACUAAAUACUUUGUGGUCAAUGAAAAAUCUCUAGGAUGUAUAUUUUCCAAAGUGAAGACAAAUUGUGAACAACGAGUGCCAUGAGCAAAGUAAAACAAAAACAGAAAAGAAAGAUAAAAAAAAAAAACAAGGUCAACUGCGACCCUUUAGACUUUACUCAAUUCGUAGCCACAAUGCUUUACUGGAAGUGCUCCAAUAGAAUGCAAAUGAUCCACUUCAGGACCACCGACCCCCAAGCAACGCACCCCAUAUUUUUUCAAAAGAUUGUGUGGCAGUUAUCUCUUGUCACAAGCAAGUGUGUCUUACCUGAGUCCCCAGCAUUCUCUGCGAUGCUGCACACUUGCUCACCUUGGGUUUAGUGGGAAGCCGAAAUAGGGUCUGAAUGGCAAAUUCACCGGACCAGAUUCGGUUCUGAAUGACAAAUUAGCCAGACCAUAUUUGGCGCAUAAUUAUGGCAUGUCUAAUUAUGCAAAUAAGGAUUUCUACCAUCCACGAAUCAUAAGGAAUUCACUUAUGACGUGGACCAAUACAAAUUAAGUUAUGCCUAUAUAUACUUACCUCUCCCACUCCAUGUUGCCCUAUUGUGGUUUUAGAAGCCGCAGAGUGUGUUCCUUGUGUAUACUUUUCCUGGUAUCUGACUUGUUUGUUUAAUCGUUUCUCCUGAUCUCUGUAAUUCUUCGACCUUGGUUUAUUAUAUCGUUUAUCCAUAUCGCUCCUGUCCUUGACCUCGGCACUCUCUCUGACUCCUCUACCAUUAGUCCGGCCACUCUAAGAACUGGUACACGUCUAGUCUAUUUAUUGUGUUACACUCUGCAUGUUUAGGUUCUUGCCAUAAUGGCUGUAAUUUUAUGAAGUCCCACCACCCAUCUGUAGCCCCUCUACCCAUUCUGUAUAUCUUGGUUGGGGUAGUGUAUCAACGCAUCAUCAUUUUUACUGCGUGUUGUUGUAGCCCAGACAAACAGAUAACAUACUUGCGGCCUCCCAGAUCUCUUGCUACACCUGCUCUUCUGCUCCCACUCCCCCAGCUCUGCCUGCCAUUGCUUUACAUGUGCCCGAUCCCCCCAUCUCAUGGAUUCUUAUCUGAUGGCGUUAUAGAUGAUUGUGAUCAAUCCCUACCAUCCUGCUCCAUCCUCAAACACAUUUUUGAAAAUAAGAAUUUGCUCUGCUGCCCACUUAACUCUAUGUCUAGAAGCAACAUCUUUAGUCUGAAUGUAUCAAAAGAAAUCACACAGGAGUUACAGGUUGUGGCGAAACCGACCUCGCCACUGACUAUGGCCCCUGGGAUGUAUUGCCCUUUAAAGACAUGAUUUGGGCAUAAUGGAUUUGUGUUGUGCUGCUGCUGGCCCUUUAAGAACCAUCUGGGGACAUACUGUGGAGUUACUGGGUGGCCACCAUUUCCUGUAUCAGAAGCACAUGGUGAGAACAAUGGAUGGCGGCCAUUUUAACUCACAGACACUGUUUGGACUUUUCAACACGGUGCCAUCUCGCCAGUAUUUGGUGCACAGAGACAUCGUGCAGUGGUUUUGGACUAUACAGCAGGGGACACAUUAUACAGUGAUUGUUUUUUAUUUAGCCUGUAUAUGUUCUACAGAAUCUGCAUUAAACUGUAUUUUCCAAAGUACUGAACGGAUCUGGGUGAAUUUUGGAUAUGUGGUUCACCCAGAUCCCCCGGUUCCAAGGAUAUACUUUAUGGGGUUAUUGCAUGUUUUGGGGUCCCUGUGAUGUGUUUUAUGAAACUGUAUUUCUCUGUCUGUGAUAAUUAGAUUACCCAUUGUGUUCAGUAAUCAUAUCACAGGCAGAGGGGAGGAUUUUGUGUGGGAGUGUGUGUAUUGUACAGAUUGAUUGGUUGUUCUGUAAAACCCUGUGGACAGUACUAAGUUUGUGGAUUGGGAAUAAAAGAGGCUGUAUGUGCCAGUACAGUCAGUUCCUGCUUAACCCUCAAAGUGAAGUGUCGUCUCAUUAUUGGGGGAGGAUUUAUUGUAUGCUGUUCCAGUUCGACUGCUAGGAGUGUAAACCUAUUCGCAUGGUUUUUCCUAUUCUGCUGUAUACAACAUUUAUAUGCUUGAGAGCAUUCAUAUGCUCCUACGGUUCGGUGGUUUUGGUGUCUGCUGCAGUGCUUGGAGUCCUCAGGUCAGGAAGCGCUAGGAGCAUCCUUCAACGGAGGUACCCAGUCGGGGUGCCAGGUGAUCCGUUACACAGGUGUACCUUGGCUUGGACGGUACCUCAAAAGUGACUACAGUAUGGUUUUUGUACAAAUGUUUCACUCUUUGAAGCCCUAUUCUUUCUAUCCCUGAGAAGUCUCUAGAUUACUGGGAGGAAAGUUCCCUGUUCAGUAGGAUCAUGGGUGAAGGUACUGAGACCAGUUCCAACUUCCUCUUUGCUCUCUCCCAUAAUCCAAUAUUAUCAGUCCUGGGGAGGGUCCUGUAUUGUUGGUCUAGCCAGAUAUAAAAUUGGGGAAGAUCUGAUCCCACCAACCCUGACUACAGAUGCAUCCACCAUCUCUCCUCCGGUGGAGCAUGCCACAUGAUAGUAGAACAGGAUACGAGGCAGUACAUAAUUUUUAUUGCAUGCACCCCACCCAUCCACAAUAUGGGUUUAGAAGUCCGAUUGUACAGGUUCGCUCUGAGUGUGCGUAUGAGGGAGCUGUAGUUUUGGUGGUCUGGUUAUGCCAUGUCUAAUGUCAACUGGAUACCUAGGAGAAGUGAUUCUGGAUAUGAGCCCAUACUUGGACUGACUGAGGCAGCACCACGUCCUGGGCAUCCAUAUGGAAUGGCAUGGCACAGGAUUUUUUGAGGUUAAUGAUGCACCCCACAGGAAACCAAACUGCUCAAGCAGUUGAAUAAGUGGGCGAAUCGAUCUCCAUAGAUCCGCAUACGCGGAGACGGUGUAGAAUGAGUUUGCUGUAGGAACUCCUUGGGUCACACAUUUAACAAAAGAAAAAAGGAGGAGCAGUAAAAGUUAAUAAAUAUAUAUUAUAUAGAUUUUUUCUGCUCCUCCUCUUUUUCACUCUAUUGCCCAAUUCUUCUCACCUGAUCUGUAAACCAAAUGGUGUAAAAAUUCACCAAUCAAUGUACUGCAAAAUAUAUACAUAAUAUUUGUAUUUUGCUGUACACUGAUUGGCCAAUAUUUACUCCCUUUGGUUGUCCAAAAUGAUCGGCCAGACAAAAUUCAUCCAAACUGGAUAAAAUUCAUAUCGUCUGAAACAACUUUUCUUUUGAAAAGUGAUUUUGAAACUAGCAACCAUUCACUUGCAAUCAAAAGUAUUACAAAUCAGGUUUAUUUUUACAAUUUUCAGCUGUUUGCAAUGAACAAAUCAAACAAAAGCAAUUUACAUAGCUCAACACUAUUAAUGCUUUAAGUGGUUUCUCCAAAUUCUCCAGUUUCAAAAUUAUUCAACCCCCUGAAUAGAAUCCAUCACAACAGCACAAAUAUGCAAAACAGGUGUUAUCUCAAGCACACCUGAUGCAACUAAUCAAGCAUUAAUUGCACAAGGUGUGCUUGAGCUGAAACACUUGAAAUACCUGAAGUGGUUUGUUGAGUGUCACGUUUGACUGCAUGUUAGAAAUACAGCUAAAUCAAAAGAAUGGUCCACAAAGUUAACGGAAGGGAUCAUCGCUUUUCAGAAACAAGGAACAGGAUACAAAAAGAUAGUGAAGGCAUUGAAUGAAAGUUGCAUUUUCAGUUGAAUUUAUGGAAACCACUUGAAGCAUUCAUUGCGUUGAGCUAUUUUAAUUUAUUUUGUUUGAUUUGUUCAUUGCAAACAGCUGAAAUAAACCUGAUUUUGAAUAUGGGUUUAAUGAUUUUAAAUACAAUUGUAUAUAGAGGUUAAGCUCGCUCAAACUCAGGGUAGAUGAACCGGACCUGGAACAAUGACAAUAGAAUCCAUGUAUUCUGACAAAGUGAGUGAGCAAGUUUGCAGCAGUCAGUACACAGUAGACCUUAAGCUGUCUAUUGUAUUAUACUUUUCAACUACCAGAAUGUCAAAAGGCCACUGUAAUCCAGCCAAAAUCCAAUCAUAGCUAUUCUUUAAAAACGUAUAGGUGAAACAGUCCAUUUUAGAGAAUAAUUGUUUGUUUUUAAUUUCUAUACUAUGUGCAUGACAAAGCAGAAGUCAUAUAAGUAAGUAAUAUAUAAAAUGGUUUCUAUUACUCUAGAUCUAUGUUUCUAUUACUCAUUGAAAAUUUGGCCUAACAUCCACUAGUUUUUUGUUCUUCUGUUGAUGUCUUGUGCUCCUGUCUUUAUCUAUCCUCUCUAACACUUUUAGCUAUAAAACCCUUUUAUUGCAAUCAUUUAUGUGAUGUACGAUGCUCUGGUCUAAUGCAUUACCAACUAAAAUACAUCAGAAACAUGCAUAUUUUGUGAAAUGCAUUCCAGCUGAUUAACGCUAUAGCUCUUUCCUUUGCAGCAAUAAUAGUGUUUAGUUAAUGACCAGAAGGUUAGAAAAUUAUCUUAAUUUAAGUGACUUAAUACUUAGAAAUGCAUACACUCUCAUAAUAAUUAAAAUGCAAUUUUAAAUUAUUAGAAAAAAUUACGCGCUUAGAAUAUUCAGUUAGAUAAGUUCCCUUAGUUUCUAAAUGGCCAUCAUAAAAUGAAUAAUACAAACAAUAGGACUGCAAAAAUACAGUUCUUUUUAAAGUUGGACAGUUGAGCAGUGGGAAUUUACUGUACCGUGAAUAAAAGUCAGAUUAUAAUAGUGAGGGAGUAUCGUUUUGAGUUGGAGUGAAAGCCUUCUUCACCUCUGGUCACUGUUGUAUUCUGUUUGUCAAGUUCUUGUUGUCUAAUAUCCCCAUUUGAUAAUUGUAAAGCACUGAUGAAUAUGUUUGCACUCUAUAAAUGCUGAUAAUAAUAAUUAACUCAAGUGAUGUAACCAGGGUCACUGUCCUACAUAUAAGAUUGGCUCUACAAUGUUAGAGCAACAGCGGUGACAUAGGAGGUCAUGAGAUGUUAGAUCACAUAGUGAUCUAAGGAUCAUAGGCUGGGCUAGAAGUUAGAGAAAGAGGAAAUGUUAAGCAAAGAUGAUGUGGGAAGGGUUUGAAAUGGGUGGUGUUUCCUUAACUAAUUUUCUACAGUUUUCAGAAAUGUAUGGUGGAGUGGUGUUAGAGAGCUUCACCAUAUUCCCUUUCAUUAAAGCGGCUAUUUAAAAAAAAAAAAAAAAUGUAAUCUAGGGGAGGAUAGGGAGAGAAGUCGUCCAUGUCUGAGCAAUGUCCAAUCCUGAAGCAUUAGAAAUCUGGUGCACCAAUAAUUUGGUCAGUAAAGGCUAGAUCCACUUAAAUAUCUGUUGAAAAGCUUUUGUCUGUGGGUUGGGGCUAAUAAGUCCCUCAUGAUGGCAAUAAGGUGAGUGCACUUACCCUCUUGCCUAAACCCCAAAAUUAUUUUUGAGAACUAACUGGAUAUAUGUAGUGGGGCCUGUCCAGGGUUAUAUACCUUCUGGUCAUUGUUUUGUAACACCAUUCUCUAACAGUUAUUCCAGUUCACUUAAGUUUCCUCUUAUGUCUAUUAAUUAUUUAGUCUGAAAAGUAAAUACUUAUUAGAGAAGCUCACCGUGAAAAUCGGUAGCCCCCUUCACAGCAUCUCAAACCUAGUGUCCUAUCCCUAUGGAUGUAUGGAUAGAUGUGAAUAGAUAAAGUGCAAAAGUUGUGAGCAAUGAAGAUAUUUGGAUUGACAUAGGCUCAGGGUUCAGGUCUUGGACCUUGUGAAAGCCCUUGUUAAUCCACCAUGAGAGUAAAUAUUAAUUGCGCCUGGGAAGAGCAUGAUGGCCAAAUGUUAAAGUACUAUCGACUGAUACAGGUGAUACUCGAAAAAUUAGAAUAUCGUGCAAAAGUUCAUUUAUUUCAGUAAUGCAACUUAAAAGGGAAAACUAAUAUAUGAGAUAGAUGCAUUACAUGCAAAGCAAGAUAGUUCAAGUCUUGAUUUGUCAUAGAUGAUUAUGGCUUACAGCUCAUGAAAACCCCAAAUCCACAAUCUCAGUAAAUUAGAAUAUUACAUGCAAUCAAUAAAACAAUAUCGGACCUCUGAAAAGUAUAAGCAUGCAUAUGGACUCAGUAGUUGGUUUGGGCCCCUUUGCAGCUAUUACUGCCUCAAUGCAGCCUGUGGCGCUGCUGAGGUGUUAUGGAAGACCAGGAUGCUUCAAUAGCUGCCUUCAGCUCUUCUGCAUUGUUCGGUCUUAUGUCUCAUCUUCUCUUGGCAAUGCCCCAUAGAUUCUCUAUGGGGUUCAGGUCAGGCGAUUUUGCUGGCCAAUCAAGCACAGUAAUCCCACGGUCAUUGAACUAGGCUUUGGUGCUUUUGGCAGUGUGGGCAGGUGCCUGAUGGAAAAUUAAGUCCGCAUCCCCAUAAAGCUUGUCUGCGGAAGGAAGCAUGAAGUGCUCCAAAAUCUCCUGGUAGACGGCUGCGUUGACCCUGGACUUAAUGAAGCACAGUGGACCAACACCAGCAGAUGACAUGUCUCCCCAAAUCAACAUAGACUGUGAAAAUGUCACACUGGACUUCAAGCAUCUUGCAGUGUGUGCCUCUCCAUUCUUCCUCCAGACUCUGGAUCAUUGGUUUCCAAAUGAGAUGCAAAAGUUGCUCCCAUCAGAAAAGAGGACUUUGGACCACUGAGCAACAGACCAGGUCUGUUUUUCUUUAGCCCAGGUAAGACACUUCUGAUGCUGUUUGUUGUUCAGGAGCGGCUUGACAAGAGGAAUACGACAUCUGAAGCCCAUGUCCAGGAUCCAUCUGUGUGUGGUGGCUCUUGAUGCACUGACUCCAGCCUCAGUCUUGUGAAAGUCCCCAACACUUUUGAAUGGCCUUUUCCUGACAAUCCUCUCCAGGCUGCGGCCAUCCCUGCUGCUUGUGCACCUUUUUCUUCCACACUUUUCCCUUCAAAAUAACUUUCUAUUAAUGUGCUUUGAUACAGCACUUUGGGAACAUCCAACUUCCUUCGCAAUUACCUUUUGAGGCUUUCCCUCCUUAUGGAGGGUGUCAAUGAUGGUUUUCGGCACAACAGUCAGGUCAGCAGUCUUCCCCAUGAUUGUGAUUCCUACUGAACCAGAAUGAGAGACCAUUUAAAGGUUCAGAAACCCUUUGCAGGUGUUAUGGCUUACUUAGCUGAUUAGACUGGGACACUGUGAGCCUAGAAUAUUGCACAUUUUCACAAUAUUUUAAUUUACCGAGAUUGUGGAUUUGGGGUUUUCAUGAGCUGUAAGCCAUAAUCAUAGCACUUAUGAAAACUUUUUCACCUUUAGUGUCAGGCUCUUUAUCAGACAUCUAUCUCACAGACGCUGACAGCUACUUUUGUUACAUUUUAGAUACACUACUAUAGCGGGUGUGAUACAUAGUUGUUGAUAGAAUCAGUAUUAUCACUGGUGGCCACCUAGUAAGUACCUACAAUUUAUUUAUUUUGUCAGUUGACAUUCUGUUACCAAACAGUCUAACUGACAUAUGAUUUAGUGAUUUCCAUUUAAUCUGUCUUAGUGGCUUUUACCACCAUUUUUGGUGCAGUAUGGACCAGGCUCUGUCAUUUUUAAUUUGUGUUGUGUGUAUGUGCACAUUUGUUUUGUGUUGUAGUGGGUCUUUUUGUCUUGAGACCUUUUAGGGAUUUAUACUUUUAUUAAAAGUUAUGUUUUAAUAUAUAUAUUUCUUUCAGUAUUCCAUUGUUUAUAUAGUAUGUUGUAUCCUCUGCUUCUUCUCUUUUUCUCAUCUCUCUACAGGGGUUAUCCCCCAACUAGGAGGUAUACAUAGGCAUUUAUUAUACUUUUUCUUCUCUUCUUGCUUUUCUUUUUGUUGUAUGUUUAAUUUAUUUCAGCUCAGUCACAUGCCAAGCAGGUUCAUUGAAAGAAAGAAUUAUGAAGAGGACCUACACAAGGAAAUCUCCCACUUGAGGGGCGAGUGCAGGAGAUUGAGAAUCCACAGUCACCAGCUGAGUGAGCAAAAUCACCAUCUGCAGGAAGAGCUGCGGGAUGUUAAAAGGCAAUAUGAAUGUUUAAUAAAAAGUAAAACAUGCUCUUCAACUGCGGAAGGUAAAGUCAACAUAUAUAAUGUUCCUUGUAUAAUAGAAUUAACCUAUUUCUAACACUAUUUUCUAAACAUCUGACAUUGAUCGAACCACAACUAGAGUUGAUUUCUUGACCAUUUGUUGAAGCCUGAAGAAGGUGAUGUGACAGAAACAUUGCUCAAUCUGUUUAUGUGCUAAAAUAUUCCUGACACAUCUUAAAUGGAAACUAUAGUGCCGGGAAACCAACUAAUUUUCCUGGCACUAUAGCUUCCCUUUUUGUCAAACCUUCCCUCAUGGAGCCGAAGAGGUUAAAAACAGCUUCAGUCCAUUAUCUGGGCAAUAGCCUCAGUCGCACUAGGAUUUUCCUAUAAGAAAGCAUAACAGCCUAAAAGCUUGGAAGUCCCUCUAGUGGCUGUCUGGUAUAUAGCCACUAGAGGUGGAGUUAACCCCAACAUGUAAUUAUUGCAGUUUAAUUAAAACUGCAAUAAUUACCUGCUCAGGUUUAAGGGACCCAAAACAGUGAACCCAGACAACUUCAAUGAGAGGAAGUGGUCUGGAUGUCUAAAGUGUCCCUUUAAGAUAAGAAGCUGUUACACUGAAGUGUUUUUAUCUUAUUUUUCUGACCUAGGUUCUUAUAUUGUAGCCCUGUGCUGUAGAAAAUCCAUUAAUUCUAUGGAGUGGUUCUUGAAGGAUCAUUAUAUUAUCUGAUUUUCAUGCAGCAUAUGAAUUUUACUUAUUACCAUGGACCAAUACCUUUAUUCAUGUGACGGACUAUAUAUAUGGAUAUUGAAAGCAUUUCUAAUUAUGACUCUCUCCCUGUAGUGUGACGUAGGAAUGGCACAAGAUAUCUAUCACAAUGGCUUAUUUUAACCAUUUCCAUGCUGGUGGGCUAGUCAUAGUCAACACUGGUAGUAUCUAGAAAUACAUUGACAUCUAUUCAUGGUUUUGUUUUUGUUUUUGUUUUUUGAUAGAGAAUGUUUUGCUAAGUUGCCAGUGCAAUUGAAUCCAAAAUCUGAUUGACUUUGUUAGGCUGAAACACAAUGUUCAAAGUAGUACAAUUUCUUUGCAGAUGAAGUAGAAAAAGACCGGCUAAAGAAUGAAUCUUUUACAAAAUGUUUCUACUCAAGUAACUGGAAUCCAGAAGAGGACAGGUGAUUCUAAAAUUACAUUACUAUGUUGUAUGAUACAUAGUACAUAUCACUAGACUGGGGUAUUCUAGGUGCUUUGGCAUGGGCAACCACGAGUUGAAUCAAUAGUGGCAGCUGGAAAUAGUAACAGCUGCAUUAGUAUAACUUCAAACAAUCUUGGGUGCAUUGUGUGUAUGCUACCCUAACACAAAAGGAACAGUAACACAAGCCACAACUCUAGCACUAACUAUGUAAGAUAAUGUACUCUAUAGAUGGUACAUAAUGCUAAAGAAUAUGUUAGAGGAAUAGAGUUCAAGGUUCUAAUUUAUACAUCCAUUACGUUCUUGUGAUUUAUUAGGUCUCCAAACCCCUCAAUUACAUUAUUUUCUUUUAAUAUAUGUUUCACUGCUAUCUAUUCUCUAAAUAUGUACAGUCAAAAAUUUUUUAUUAGAAUUAAUAUUUGACAUUUUCAGAACUUAUGUUAGCAAUGCAGCAAUGUAAAUAUUAAAUGAAAUACCAUUCUGUAUGCAUUCUUGUGGUUAUACUCCUACAUCAAUAUAUUUACAUUCCAAAUGAGAAUGUACAAUAUAAAUCCCAUUAAAAUGUCUAAGUUUUCUACAUCUUGAUUCUGGAUGCAUAUCUGAUAAGAUGACCCACAUACAAGCUGAUGCUUUAUGGGUUUCCUUUUAUUGACCGUAAUCUUUUCAAGUUUUAAUACUUAUGAGAAGAACUGAUUAAAAUGCAAAUGUACCUUACUGUGACCAUUCCAAACGCAACAAACGAGCCUGUACGGAGUCCUGAUAACAAAGUACCACUUUGACUUCGUCUCUCAACUUUUAGUCUUUACAGGAAUGAUGCUUUUAAAGUUGAUGGAAAUUUUUCAAAAUGCAAAACAGCUGUAGGUUCUUUGAACAUAAAAGGAUCCUGGGAAAGUAAGUUUUGACAGCAAUUUCCAUUUACAUGCAACAGUGAUUAAAGAUGGGGUUGGAGUCUUACAUUGUUGAAUUUCUAAUUAUUUUUUUCUACCUAUGCAAAGUAAACGCAUUACUGAUCUGACCUAAGAAAUGUUAACCUUUGCAUAUACUAUAAUACACAUGAAUAUCUGAUUCCUUAAACUCAGCCAAUCAUGGAGAUACACAAUAAAUUAUCUAUACAUGGUGCCCUCUAUUGUGCCAUUAUACUUUUUGUUUUGUCUGACAGCUGAUAAAGUAAGUGUGUGUGUGUGUGUGUGUGUGUGUGUCCUGUGGGUCCUGAUGAAAGCUCCAUGGGGAGCUGAAACGUUGACGUCGUUCUUGGAAUGAAAGAAAAUUUAAGAUUGGAAACUCCUUGAGUGCCGGUAUUUUUUUGGAGAUAUAUAUUUUAUAUAUCAUAGAACUUCUCAGAAGAAAAUGGAGCUGUACUAAAUUUAGAUGUUGCAUAAAGCAUUAAGUCUUGGAUUUAUUACCACUUUCCUUAGGCCAAUUAAUCCUAAUUACUAUUUAUUCCAGCUUUACUUAGCUUGUCUACAUCAAUUUUUCUUUCUCUUCCAUUGCUGAGUCUUAAAUAAAUUAGUGUCUCAUUUUUCUUUUUCUCGACUUGGCAUCCAUUUAUUAUUUACACAUUUUUAGAGUUAGCCUUUUUUCGAAAUUCCUUUUAAUUGUAAAUCAACAAAGCCUGGUGAGCUGCAUGUAAAAUAUAUAUUGGUGCUAUGCUAAAGAUCUGAAUUAAUCCAUGUAUUUCCAGGGGCUCUAUCCAGAAGAGAUGUCCUAAGUAGAUCAAGCCCACAAACUAAUGAUAGGUAUAUUAACAAGUAAUUUAUGAAAGGGAGGCAAUUAUGCACUCAAACCGCCUUUGCCACCACCUUCCCUGAGGGUACCAAUACCCUCCAUCUCAUGCAUUCAAGGUUGAGGACACUCUUGUGCUCAAUCAGGAGUACAAUCUAGCAAGAUAUACAGCUCUUAACCCCAUGAAAACCAAUGAUGGUUUAAAUAAGCAGGACAUCCCUGGUUAAAGAACUAGAUUGUAAUGAGAGCAAGGAACAGCAUUGUUUCCUAAGAAGACUUUUAAAUGCCAAGUCUGCAUGGAAGUCUGUUAUCUUUAUUGAGUUAUAAACCUCAAAUCAAAAAUAAUCAAGAAAGAAAAGGGUUUUGGGAAUGUGUCCAAUAUUAUCUUUGGGUGCAUGUUCAGAUGUUCCUAUUUAUCCAAAACUGUUUUUGCUACAGGAAACCACGAAGAACGAUUUAAAAGCAGUCCAUCCCCACUAUCCAUGGCAAGUGAAAAUACGGAUGUUCUAAUCACAGCAUUUAAUGAGGACAGCCCUGAAAAACCUUCUCAGUCAGUCAAUACCUGUAAGUCUGGAAACACUUGAUGACCACUGUUUAUUACUUAUAUGUUAAUUCCCAUAUAAACAUGGUUAUUCACUGAGUUGUGAAGCUCCUGGAAUAUUAUUUUUUUAGCCAAAAUAAUCAUAUUUAAAUUUCCAAUUCCGUUAAGUAUGGUCAUGAUGAGAGAUAAAAGAAGUUAACAAGACUGUGAAAUAAGUGGUUAAUAUGAGGGGUAAUGGAAUUACAAUAAUUCCCAGGGUGGGAAUAACACAUUCAUUUAAUUAAUUAAUAUAUAUAUUGUAGAUUCAAUGUAUUAGUCCAGUAGAUAAGAUGCCAAAAUGUCAGAGUAUUGUAGUAUGCAAUGAUACCUUUUUUAUUGGACUAACAUAAUAUUUCAAAGACAAGCUUUCGAGAGUUUUCCUCUCUUCUUCAGGUCUGAAACAAUACUGAUGAAUCUGAUAGAGUUUAACACUUAAAACAACUGAUGUUAGAGAAGUGGGGUGUCAUAAAUAGCAGAAGAUGUGCCUGAAAGUGAAAGGGGCAAGUUGGCUGAGAAUAGCCAGAAAAAGUCACCCCAAUAUGCUAAUCUUUUCAUGGCUGACCUGGAAAACAGAUUUUUAUGUACACAGCCCCACAAACCAUAUACCUAUUAUUGUUACAUCGAUAUUUUCAUAAUAUGGACAGUAGGAUAAGAAAACCUUAUAGACUUCCAUAAAUCAUUCAAUUCAUUCAACCCAUCAAUAAACCUUAAAAUGAACUUUUCAAAUCAUAGUGUGAGUUUCUUGGACUGCACAAUAACUUACACCAAUGGCAUUCUUCAUUUGUCUGUAUAUAGAAAACCCACAGACAGGUACAGCUACCUCCACAAUUCCAGCUUCCAUCCCAAUCACACCAAACAAGGUAUCAUCUACAGCCAGGCUAUUAUAUAUCACCACAUUUGCUCUAACACGAAACACAGAGAUCAGCACCUGAGUUCACUGUUACAGUCAUUUAGGCAAAAGGUCUACAAGGAAAGGACAACAUCUAAAAAAAUAAAAUCUGCCCUAAAAACACCAUGGGAAAGGCUCCUACAAUAUAAAGAAAAGGAAAAAAACAAGAAUCCAUGUAGUAGUUACAUACAACCCAACUGUAGAAGGAGUACGUAAAAUUAUUAAAGAGCUACAUCCAUUAAUUUCAGAGGACCCCACGCUCAAAGAAAUAUCAACCACCCAACCUGAGACAGAGAUUGGACUGCAGCAAAUUAACCACAGAACAGGAGCUCACACAGGAUGGCACUGUACAAUGCAACAAAUCACUCUGAAAACUGUGUCAACAUUUAUGUGGCAAAACCACAGCCAGACACAAUAACAACUUAUACAACAUUAAGGGAUCAUAUUCGUGCACAUCUGCAAAUGUGGUGUACACAAUGCAGUGUACAGGAUGUGACAAAGGUUGCUACAUUGGAGAAACUGGCCUUAAGCCGCAUCUCAGAAUGAAUCUACACAGACAUUCAAUCAAUAACCACAAGGAAAAUGGAUAUUGUAACCCCGUUGGUCAUGACUUCACCCAGACUGGUCACUCCAUCCAAAACCUCAGGAUUACAACUCUUAAAGGGAAUUUCAAAGACUCUCAUGAACGAAAGACAUUUGAGAUGAAAAUGAUCACACAUUUUAACACCAGAAAAGCAGGACUUAAUGUAGACUCUAGCUUUCUCACACUACCAAAACGUUUUAUAAACAUACAUCUUAAUGUCUUAUAUAGUUCUUUUUCAAUAUUCUUGCUUCACCUUUAUUGGAUCAAUUUAUACAUACAUAUAUGCAGCUAUAUAUUUGCAUUCCCUGCUCUGCUGUUUUCUUGUUGUUUUUUCUCUCUUUUCAACUAGCUUAUUGAGUCUACUUUGUUUAUUAACUUUUUCUGGCUAUUCUCUACCAACCUGCACCUUUCACUUUCAGGCACAUCUUCUGCUAUUUAUGGCCCCUUCUCUAACAUCAGUUGUUUUAUGUGUUAAACUCUAACAGGUUGAUCAGUAUUGCUUCAGACCUGAAGGAGAGGAAAACUCUUUAAAGCUUGUCUUUGAAAUAUUAUGUUAGUCCAAUAAAAAAAGGUAUCAUUGUAUACUGCAAUACCCUGCUAUUUUGGCAUUUCGCAUACUGGACUAAUACGGCAAUCCAAUCUACACUAUUAUUAUAUGUAUAUAUGUGGGGAGGGAGAGAGAAAAAUAGAUUUGAAGCUCCUGCAUUUGCUGCAAAUGUUCAGGUAGUGCAUCUUCUGCAAUGAACGCUCACCAAAUCAGCAAGUAACUCUGUUUAGUUUAGAUUUUAGCAUUACUAAGGAUGUCGUGGGGAAGACCAGAGAUGGGUAACACUCACCUCUGAAGUGGGCGAGCGGAGGGCCACUUAAAUGGUGACAGUUUCCCUUUAUUGCUAAAUUGUAAUCAUUGCACCUAACCUGUACUGUUCUCUGGAAUGCACCUUGAAAGGUUUCACCACUACAAAUACGUGUAGAAGUUUCUCUUACUUUCUCCUAUAGUGGAUAUGCCGAGGAUUGCUCGAAAGAUGUCUUUACACAAAGUUAAUAGAAAAUAUAUAUUUUUGCUGGGAAAUCUCCUAAUAUAAUAAAAUAAAGCACGUAAAAUACAAUUUAUAUAACUGUGUAUAUAUCGUAAAAGGUACAGACAUAAAUAAUACAAUUAUCAGUAAAUAUUUAAAAUUGUAUACUUUCUUUGAAAAAAAUAAAAAAACGAGCACAGGGCAACUUAGUACUUUAAAGCAGUAAAUGGGUUAAGAUGCACCACACAUGAAUAUGUAUUAAGAGUAUUUUUCUUAUUUUUUUUUUAUUUUUUUUAAUAUAUAUUAAAGGCAGCUUUUUGGAGGAGUUGGGUAGUGAUAACAUCUAUGCUAGUCCAAGUAAAGACAGCGAUCUUUGGAAUUCACUCCACCAGAGCCCAAAGUCUGGACCUGUUAGAGCUUUCUCAAGCACAGCCAUUCGGAACCCCAGGUAACUAACUGAAUAGCUAUGGGUGGCAUUGUUAAAAUGUGUUGCACAACAGAAGAAGCAGUCUUGAGAUCUACAAUAAACAGACCUUAAGCACUUUGUCAUUGUAUUCUAAUAUGUCAAAUUGUUUGGAAAAUUGUAAAACGGACAUCUCCUGUAAUUUUUAUGUUUUUUUUAAUAUACGAUUUUGGAUAAAUGAAAAGUAAUGUACAUAAUAUAGACACCCAUAUGAUAGUUUGUAAAAUGGCAGUAAUAAAUAGAAAAUAGACGGAAAGCAAUACAAGUCCCAGUACCUCAACAGAAGUUCUCAAAUACAUGAUCUCAGAUAUGCAGCACCUUCUGUCUCCAGAGUUUGCCUAAUAGAGCUCAUAAGGGCAGAUUUCUCAAAGUGUUCUGCUGUAAAAUACUAAGUAAAGCAAUCACCUUGAAAACCAGUGGGACCUUCAAGUGACAUUGGUGACACCAUGCUUUUACAUUUUUGGAACACUUCUUACAACAGAACAUAAAUCUCCCAGAUAGCAUUGCCAUGUAAUCAGGUCACCAAGUGCACUGCUGCACCCUUUUCAGUUCUCCCAAUAGUCCAACCUUGCUGUCGCAUCUUUUGGUAGCUAACACAUCCUAGAAUGAUCUGCCUGUUGAAAGCUUUUAUAGAGUUUUGAAUGGAACUCUUCGGUCAACAACAAUUGGAACUGGCAAAGGUUUGAGUGAAAGUGCUGGCGUUUCUAUGCAUCAUUUGGAAAUAUUCAUAUUUUCCUCCCACAGUGAGAUUGGAAUAUAUAUUUAGAGCAAAGAGGCAAGUUAAAAAUAAUCAAAAUAAUGUUAUUAUAUUUAAAAGUGCAUUUUUAGAAAUGGAUGCUGCUUGCAGUGAUGACAAGUAAUUGUAGUUCAUCUGUUUUAAUAGCAUUCCAUGUUUCAACAAAAGGUAUUCAAGGUAUAGAGUGGCUGCGUUUGAAAAUCUGGCCAAUUUACUGUAGAACAAUUUUUUUUUUGUGUGCAUUAAUCAUUGCUUUCAUUUCAACAGACCCUAUUUGUCCAUUUUACCUCGACGCCCAUUUGCUCCAAAAAGUAUUGCAGACCUGAGAGUCGGACAUUUAGUAAAAUUCUCAAGACCAGGAGGUAAAAUAAGCAAGGGAACAAUACAAUACAAGGGCCACCUUUGCGGGAGAGAAGAUGUCUACCUGGGAGUCGAGUUGGAAGGCAGUGAAGUUGGAAAGCACGAUGGUAUUUUUCAGGGAGCUCGUUAUUUUUUAUGGUAUGAUGGCUUACUUAUUAAUAAAUAAAUAGUUAAAAUACAUUUACUUCAACUACAUACGGUAUAUAGAAUAUCUAGUAUUUGUUACUAGGAUUCAGUUUUGUUUAUAAUAGCUUGGGUAUAAUUUAUUGUUUAUGUCCAUUCCAUCCAGUCUUAUGAAUUGACCUGAUCUGCCUCUCUUACGUUUUGUCUCACACAUGUCCAUCAUCUCUCUUAGGUUAUAUGCUUGUUUUUUUUAAAGUAGCUGUAAUUUACUGUACCUCUGUUUAGUGAUGCAAGUUUUCUAGGCACUCUGUAGGGAUACCUAUAGCUUGUAUCUCUAUACUGAGGUACAGUAAAUUAAGUGAAACCUUAUAUGUAAAAUAUAUACCAUUUUAGAACGGUGAUGCUAUACUGUACGUUUCCUAAGGGAAACUGUAGUCCAAUAUAGCUGAAAACAAAAUCCACCAUCCUGCUUUUCAUUCUAAUCUAUUAUCUAUAUCUGUGACAAGAUUAUUUAUAACACACAAGAUUAAUAGGGAUAACAGCAACACUAACUGUCUUUUGCAUACAUUAACAAACAAUGGUGUUCCUUUACUAUUUUUUUUAACAUUUCUAAUAGUCUGACACACACACCCCAUCCUCCCCCAUUGUCUUAAAUAUAACUGCUUCUCUAAGCCUUGGUCUGUAAGGCUGUGUGUAUUGCAUCCAAAAAUGUAUAAGAGUACAUAAUUUCUCUAGCCAGAAACUUUUGCUAACAAUUUUAUCAAUACAUUAGCUAUUUUAUUCAGUAUAAUCAGAUUGUGAACCCUAGUCCAAUGAAGCCAUUUCAUCCUCCACUUAAAAAAUGGCUGCAAAACAUAUCCACAUAUUUUAGGUAUUAAUUGCAGCAAAUAGGAAAUAAAACUAGAAGAAACACAGUAUGGAAUAUGCAUGGUAUGAGAAGUAAACACUGAAUAUCAAAUCUCCUGUGAUCGUUUACGUUACCAGAAGGAAUUUGUAAAAUCAAUGCUAGUCUUCUCCUUACACAAUGUGUAUAAGGAGAUGCUAUUUUCAAUUCUCCAUAGAUUUGGAGUAAAAGCAUGCUUCAGAAAAAGGCUUGUAGUCACAAGCUGUAGUUAAGUUCUUGUUUAUUAUGUCCUCAAGAAAUGCCUAUACAUUAAAAUAGAUGCAGUACUUCUAUUGUCUUUUACUUUGACUUGCUAUUAUUUAUGUAUUAAUGAUCCAUUUUAUUCCAACAGCAAACCGAACAAAGGGGUUUUUGUCAGUUUUAAUAAAAUUAUCAUGGCGUGGGAAUAAAUAUGGAGAAAACACCACAAGAAGUUGAGAACACAAUAUGUCCAGACAUACAUGGUUUGCAGAAAAGCAGUACUCUACUGGAAAUAUUAACUUUUUUGAAAAUGGACACAAAAUAAAAGCAAAACAUACAAACACAUAUGCCAUCGUGAAGUGUUUUUUGUAAAGAGCUAAGAAAUCAUGGUGCUAUAGAGAUAC